GGGAUUUUCGAACAAACAGAGGGACCGGUGCCGCUCGUCAGCCCAGAGGAGCUUGCCUUUAAAUUUGCAGUGAACAACAUCAACAGAAACAGGACUUUAUUGCCCAACACGACGUUAACGUACGACAUACAGAGGAUUAAUAUCUACGACAGUUUUGAAGCGUCGAGAAAAGGUGAGUGACAUGCACUUUGUUUGUCCAGGGAUUGUGGCCAAUGGCCACACUGUGGAAUGGAUGGAAGCAAGGCCAUUGGACGACAGCAGAACAUAACAAACCAACCUAAAGGUUUAUUGCAAGUCUUUCUGGCAAGGGGUUUCAGUAGUCUAACUCAUAGUGCGUUAUUAUAUACUUGGCUGUUAUAGAUUUUUAAUAGUGGCAUUUUGUUUGAUGUUAGUUAACUGCACUUUGAAACCAGGAUUUAUUCUAGUAGACAUAUAACAACAAUUUUGCUUUGUGGUGAACAAAACCAUUUUCCAUAUAUCAUUUAUUUGACGAUCCACCAAAUACAUUAUUCAGCUCACUUGUUGAGCGUCAUGACAUGUGAUAUGCUGUCUUCCCUAGAGUUAACUAUCUCUCUGUUCUUGCCAUUCUAGCCUGUGACCAACUGUCUUUAGGUGUAGUGGCAAUAUUUGGGCCGUCACAUAGCUCGUCCUCAAACGCCGUCCAGUCCAUCUGCAAUGCUUUGGAAGUGCCACACAUCCAGGUGCGAUGGAAACAUCACCCUAUGGACAACAGGGACACGUUUUACGCCAAUCUGUACCCGGAUUACUCUUCUCUCAGCUACGGCAUCUUGGAUUUGGUGCAGUUCCUCAAGUGGAAAACGGCCACAGUCGUAUACGAUGACAGUACAGGUGGGAGUAUGACAUUUUCUAACCAAUGGGGGGUGAGUUUCCCGAAAGCUUCAUAGUACUAAGAUCAGCUUAAGUCCAAUCAUAGUGAUACAAAGCUUUCCGGAAAUGCAGGGUUUGUUAUACUCUACAGUAUAUACUUUUGAAUCGUGAUACUUUUGUCUGGUAAAUGUGAUAUGUGUAACAUCAACCACCAAACAGCUAAAUUACACUUUACUAGAAGCAAAAUAUUCAUUUUGUUAAACGUUCUUGAUAUGUGUGUGUUGACAGUUGAAUGAUGUUGUGCGUGGUUGUUAGCUUUCUGAUGUUUGUUUCCUAAAGGUCUUAUUAGACUACAGGAACUGAUAAUGGCCCCCUCCAGGUAUAACAUCAGGCUAAAGAUUCGCCAGCUCCCUCUUGAUGGAGAGGACACCAGGCCUCUCCUCAAGGAGAUGAAGAGAGGACGGGAGUUUCGCAUAAUCUUUGACUGCAGCCAUGAAAUGGCUGCACAGAUCCUUAAACAGGUGAGAGCCUUACAGGCACUGCCUGGCACUGUCCAGAGCUGACAGAAUGUAACUGAUUGACGCUAUAGACAAUAUCAAAUUCAUAUUCUGCAUUGACAUGCAUUCUGGAAUUGGGCUUAUUAUAAAGCGGUAAUGUUGUGUUAGAAAAUAAUCGUUCUGCUUUGAGCCAUUCUGAAUUGCAAGUGUCAAAACUGAGUUAUGUAAAUCUGUUUUUCAAAGCCAGUAUUAUGUGUUUUGCUGUGCUUAUUUUGGUUGAUAUGAUAUUUAUUGCCUUUUACACUACAGAUGAAAUGCUGUUAUUUGAUGUUCUAACUCACAUACCAGGAACACUUUGUUGAUUUUAAUAAUGAUAUUGAAGCACAUACUGUGGUUUCUGAUGAAAAUGGCUGAAUUUGGCUCAUGUAUCUUCCACUGUAAUCUGCAUACGGUGGUGACGGAUGCAUAUCAGACCAAUAAACUACAAAAUAUAGACCAUCACAGAUUUAUCACUUACAGUAUGUGAUGAGGAGACAUGUCUUCUUGAGGCAAAGAAUGGCUUUUGAAGAAUGUAAUCCAAAUGCAUUUUGACAUAAGUAGUUCAGUUUAUGUUUGAUGUUGCAAAAAGUUGCUGAUGAUUGAAACACAAUAAUAUACUCAAAAGAUUGCUUGCCUUAUGCAUCAUACCCCUUCUGUUAGAUAUGACGCUUCUGAGGACGAAGAGAUAUUCAGCAACUCUUGGGUGGAUAAUGGAGGUUGCUUCAAAAAUAUAUAUUGUAUUUCUAAAGCCUCUUUAAAAAUAUACAUGUAUAACACUACUCCAAGACUUCUGCAGUACCCUACGUUUGAACUUUGAUAUGGCGUUUGCUGAUAGUCCCUGGCCUUCCCCACAAGGCCCUGCUUUCUACCUGUCUGUUUGCACUCUGCAGCCUGUCUGGUGUUCUCACCUAAAAACAACCUCCCCUCGUCAGAUCUGAUCCCCCCUCAAGGUGUAGAGAAAAUAAAUGGAAAACAUGGCAGGACCAGACCUUUUGUCUGGACCUGUCCCAGAGCUAUAUCCCAGGUGUCUCUUAAAAAGCGCUGACCCCUUUAGCGACGGUUCCAUCCUGGUAGCACUUUUUGUCUCAUUUCUUUAAGUGUCUCGGCCACCGGGGGAGAGAGGGACAGAUGGAGGCCAAUGAAAUGAGGUUGAUGAGGCUGUAGUAGAGUCAGGUGAGGGACCCAAAACACACAUCUUAAUGUGACUUUGAAAGUGCAGGUUAUAUAUUAUAUAUAUCAGUGGAGGCUGGUGUCAGGUGAGGGACCCAAAACACACAUCUUAAUGUGACUUUGAAAGUGCAGGUUAUAUAUUAUAUAUAUCAGUGGAGGCUGGUGACUUAAACGCACAGAGACGACAAAGUGUCUUUCAAAAAUCUUCAAAGACUAAUUAUUUUAACAUAAAGUAUUUAAUAAAGACAAUUAUAGUACAAUAUUAUGGGGAAUGGGAAUGAGAGGGCUACUUACACAGUAUUGGGAAGGGAUCACAGCAGUGAUUGAAUGAGGGUAUGUGGCAUGAGUUGAGGUGUUCAGAGGCUUGACCAGUGCAGGACAGGAUUUGAAUCGGAAGACAAAAAACAAUAACACAACACACUACACAGUUAGACAAAAGAGCUAAGAAUGAGUUAGUCCAAGCAAGGAGUAAAAUCAUUGAUGUGUAAUAAUGUGAUUGUUUGUGUGUAUGUGAUUGACUCUACAUACAGUAAAGAGAGAAAAUUGAUAGGGGUACUCACAGUGCUUGGAGAGGAAACAUUCAAUGUGCCAGUGGAUGACCGGGCACAUGAGAUGUGGCUUCAGUUCAUGUCAGGAGAGAGUUCAGCUCUUAAUCAGGGAACAGUAGGGGACUUAGCCGUAAAUACAAAUAGCAGAUACAUUCCAUUGCAGCUGCGCCAUCGUAGGUUUGGACAACGAGUUUAUCUAUGAAGUUAAACUCAGACAUCUCAAAAUUCAUAAAGUCAAAAACAGACUGCACAUCUCGCCCACUUGACACAUCAAAGCAGCCCAAGAAAUCCCUGAUCAUCCACAUACCUGACGAUGACUGACAACUGCAAGCAGACUGGUGGCACCAUAGGUCCCAGAGUGGUGGGGCAAUUUUUACCCCCUGGGGCCUGGAGUUUUUCCUUAUAUGUUAACCUAACUAGGAAAACUCUGGACCCUAUAAGGUAUGACAGUGAUUUAUCAGUUGUAAAAAGGUUUUAAUAUGGGCUAUGAUGGGACCAGUUUUUCCUAAUCAGGUCACAUGGUUUUAAAAAAACUCCUGGCCCUGGGGGGGAUGAAAACGCUGUCAAACUGCAGUUACCUUAUAUUUGUUCAUAUAAAUUAUAUUUAGACUAGAUUAGGAGGAGGAUUUCCUCUACCCAGACACAUAGACAGCAACUGAUAGACAAUAGAACUCACAGGGCUGAGCUUGCUUUAUGCAUGUUCACAUCAUGCAGGCCUAUGCAACUGUAGGCCUUAUAAAACAUUUACUCACAUCUGUCAUCACUAUUAUGUUGACUGAUUAAUUCAAGUUAAUAAUACCAGCCCAAUUUUGAAUAUAAACUAAAUUUGAUCACAUUCACAUGUUCUCCUCACACACAAAUAGACUAUAAAUACAUAACGUUAACAAUUAGUUUACCCUGACCAGAUGGACAGGGCGCAUAGGAUGUAUGCAGCUGCUCUUAUUAGUAGCCUACAGUUGAUCAGACUGAAAAAUUGUCUCGUUUUCAUCCCAUACAGCAUGUCAGAUUUCUAAUAUUUAGGUGUAGCCUAGGCUGCUGCAACAUUUAUGUCAUGAGUUUUUGCUUGUGUCUGUCCGGAGUGAUUGUGUUAUCAUCUUUGCUAAAUAAAUACCAGAGGAAAGUGGAAAGCCUACUUGAGCGCCCGAUAGAAAAUGAGCUGCGUCAACCUCUCUUUAAGCAACAUUUUUAUGGAUGAUGCGAUGGAAGCUAUCAAAUCAUUCGGAAUUGUUUUCGACAUCCUAGAAAAGACAGAUGAAUGUUCGAUAUGUUCAGCAAGUACAGCGUCAUAACUUGCAAUUACCUCUGCAAGCUCCUUGUAGUUGCCCUUGUUGGCGGAACUUUCCCUCUCGUUGUGUUCUCUACGAUGCCCUUUUCCCCAAACUUGAAUCGAUGGGCAUUUAUAGCUCCUGCUUUUGUUUUGCCGUUUAGCUGAACGAUCAAUGUUCUUCAGGUCACUGUACCCACCAUUCGACCAAGGCUCAGACUUUCCAAAAAGCAGGCAAGGCCAGCAAUACAGAAGGCUUGAUGAAAGACUCCGUUAACCAGCUAUACUUUUGAUACCAGUUGGUAUUGAACAUCCUCACCUUUUCAUCCUUCUUCAUGAAACUGAUCUCAGGCAGAGGUCGACCCUCACUUUUAAUUCGCACCUUUUCCGUGUACCCCAGAGAAUGAAAGGGGUUCUUCAACAAAAAGUCCACAACAUUUUCGGCAGCGUUGGCCAUUCUACCAUUCUGGCGGAGAAAACUGCACACUCAUGCUGGUAACUAGCUAGCUACUGAAGUUAGUUAGUAAGGCAACUUUUACAUUUUUUAAAUAAAUUGCACUAACUGGACACAAAAAUAAAGUCCCAUAAUACUCUGUGGCACAAUCCCAAAACAACACACUAGGUUCAUUCUCUGAUCCUAUUUCAAUGAUUGGAUGGACAACAUGUCAGUUCAUACUGCAAAAGCUUUGAUUGGUUAGAGGACGUCCUCCGGAAGUGGUCAUAAUUACCAUGUAUGUCUAUGGAAGGGGGUGAGGCCUACGAGCCUCCUAGGUUUUGUAUUGAAGUCAAUGUAGCCAGAGGAGGACGGAAGCUAGCUCUCCUACGGCUACACCAUGGUGCUACCCCAGACAGUGCUGUUGAAGUUACUGUAGACCUUCAUUGUAAAACAGUGCAUUUUAAUCAAUUACUUGGUGACAUAAUUCAGUAUAGUUUUAUCUAAAAAGCAUAACUUUUUUAUGUUUCUAAUGUUUUAAUUUUUAUGAAAUUUCACUGAGGCUGGUUCUCCCCUUCCUCCUCUGAGGAGCCUCCACUGAUAUAUAUAUAUAAUCUUUAUACUCCCAACCACUAUACUUUCCAUAGGCUGGUAUUCAUCCAACAAUAGUGGAGAUCCUAUAUCUAAAAAUUGUCGUUGGAAAUAUUUUUCCCUUCUGACAUCUCAUAGCAUUUAUAGUCUCGUGAAUUUUCUUUGUAGUCGGUAGGUGCAGUAAAUGGAGAAGAGACUUCCACUUCCAAAAAACACUGCAAUUUUUUUGCAUAACCUUGGGUAUUCUUCACAACAGAUGGUACAAUUAAACAGGAAAUACUGCCGCCAUGGGAAUGUAGAAUAUUUGAAUGUAGAUUGAGUGAAACAAGUGGUGGUCGUGAUGGGGGGAUGGUGAAAUAGGAGGAUAGGAGGAACACAUUACUGCUCACUUCUUUGAUUGAAGGCUCCCUUUCUCCAGGGAGGGAAUCACGUGAUCAGAGUAAUUGCAAACCCUUUAAAUGCAUGGUGUCAAAAAAGCCCUCUGGCACCGUAGAAUCACAACUUGAUUUUACUUUAUUAUCUAAGGGUCACAUGUGGCACCAUAAUUGCAACAAAAACAGCAGCACGAACUUGGCAAAGACGGAGACAUACAGCGAUGGUCAAUACACUCAUUAAGACCUGUGGCUUUUCUCCCAUUGCUCCUAAACAGCUUCGAUGGCGUUCAGCGUUUUGUUUGCCAUUUUUUGUUUUGACUGCGGAUAUUGAUUGCAAAUUACCCCAACGUGACACAGUGACCUUCUUCAUUGUCUUGUCUCUCCAUUCCUCUCUCUUCCUCUCCUCCUCCUCCUCCCCCUUCUCAUAUUUCCCUCUCUCUCCCCUACAGGCCCAGACGAUGGGAAUGAUGACAGAGUACUACCACUACAUCUUCACCACUCUGGUAAUUUACAAUGCUUGCUAAUGCAAAUCGAGUCAAAUUCUUUCCCAUCUCCUCACCCUUUGAUUUUUUUGAUGAAUGGUGCUUAAUUGCCGAUGGGGGUUUGGAUCCAGUCCACAAUACCAAUUUUGUUUGGCAAGCUGGCAGCGUAAUGGAGUCUUCAAUACUCCGCCACCUGUAAACACUUCUCUCGCUGUUAAAGUCAACAUAAGUCUUUGAAGAGGUAGUACAAAGGCAACAGAUUGGAAGUAGAUGAUGGAGAAUGUUGUUUGAGAGUUUGAUAGAGGAAACAUAUUCAUGCAGAUAACCUACAAUAAGUCUUGAGGGAAGGUAGAUUACUGAUUAGGCCUAUUGUGUAUUAUGUCUGAUUAUUUUGGACAAUAUCCCCCAUUGUGAGACAUAUUGAAUGAACACUAACACAUUAGUGUUUUGAUUGUAAAACAUGCACAAGCAUUUUUUCAGGUAGUGCAGCCUUGUCCUUGCCACCAUUUGAGUGCUGUAGUCUAAUGGCCCCUUUUAGCUAGAUGUAAUUUUGUUCAGAAUAAGCACAGGUGUUUUCCAUUUUACAAAAUUUGAGUCACACCACAAUUCGAGUAAGACUUUUGUUUAAGAGUAAGACAUUUUGUUCAAGGGUUAUACUGCAUAUGCACAUCCUGUGUCCUUUCAUCAACAAACUAUUCACAGUUCCACAUUGAAUAUCCCGUACUGCCAUAUUGAAUUUGGAGGACGUCAGAAACACUAACUCACAAUACAGAAACACAUUAGUAGGAGACGACGACCUCCCUCGGGUGUGUUAUUGUGUCCUGUGGCCAGUCUGUCCACUGCUCCCAGCAGAGUACAAGGCUGGGCAGCACAGAUUUAAUCUUUCUGUCUGGUGACAAAAGGACAGGGCAGGAUUAAUACAGUGGUCCCCAUGGUGAUGGUGCUGGUGAUGCUGUAUGUGUUCCUAUUGGACAGAUCUCUCUCUCUCUCUCUCUCUCUCUCUCUCUCUCUCUCUCUCUCUCUCUCUCCUCUCUCUCUCUCUCUCUCUCUCUCUCUCUCUCUCUCUCUCUCUCUCUCUCUCUCUCUCUCUCUCUCUCUCUCUCUCUCUCUCUCUCACACACACACACUCGCAAACACUCGCAAACACACACUCAAACACAUACUCAAACUGGGGAUCAGGAGGAUGGGAUGACAGACCCUAGCAUGAUGGACUUAGCCAGUCUGUUGUGAUAAUACAAUAUGACAUACAUGGCCAGGCGUGACGCGUGUCAUCUUUCAUGCUCGGCAGCAUGGCAAUGGCAUUCUGCCAUGCGUCGUCGUUUGUGUAGGCCCAUCACAACAAACGCUUUAAUAGUACCCAAAACUGUCUCUGUUGUCACACUGUGUAGGUCUCAACCAAGUGUGAGAGAAACUGGUUGAGUUAUUGAUGGUUGAGUACUUCAAAUAUUAUAUAAAAUAUAGACUCAGACUGUGCUGAGAAUAUUGUUUCCCACCUUCCUGUACUUCCUGUAUUAGUGUAUUGUAUAUGGAGCAUUCUGAAGGCACAGAGGCACAGAAUGUGUGGUACUGUAUAAAGGCUAAUGUUGAUUGACAACUGCUGAGUUUUCAGAAUUCAGGUUUUCCCAGUCAAGUAACUGAAUACAAAGAUGAAUGCAACUCUCAUAAAUGUUGCAUGUUUAGUUCAAAUCCAUUACCUGCAUGUAUUUUAUUGGAUAUUUUAUACCUCGCAAUGGUUGACAUUGCCCUCAACAACUCACAAUCUUCUAAUGGCUGUUUGAAUGUGUGCUUGAGUUAUAAGAUAAUUUACAACAUCACAAUUUCAUGUCAAAACAUUAUUUGAUGGAACUUGUAUGUUUCGCAAUAAACCUGGUGCACAUAACCUGAAGAAAAUGGUUUCCCACAAAUGGUAUUUAGUACGACAGGGACUUUCUUUGAUCCUCCAUGGUAAAACAUUUAGUGCCAUAUGAACCCUACUGCUUGUGGAGAGAAAAAAAGUAACAUUUUGUGUAUCUGGCGGCAAGCGGUCGUCAGCGUGUGUCUUACACGCUCCCGUUCCCCCAGCACUAACCCCACAGGGUGCUAAUGAAAUAUCUAUUAUGUUCCUCCAAAUGUCUUUUCCGAGGCCCCGUGGCCCAUUCCAACAUGAUAUGUGUCGACAUGUGACUUCACACUUGAGCCGGGAUGGAUGCCCUAGAAAUGACAGUUGCUCAGAGAAGUCUGUGUUUGCUUAUGGGUUGCAGAGGGACUGUAGCGGCUGCAUUAUUAAUUAGAUCCAGCAGAUUAAGUGGUUCCCCUUUUAGGCGGUGAACGUCGUCUGCCUCAUUUACUCAGGGAAUAUUUAGGAUAAGCCACAGCGGCAGAACACAAAGUUAAAUGUCAUGCCUUCAGGUUUUAGUUCUGCACAACGACCAGCUAAGCAAACCUUUGAGACAUAAUGAAGGAGUCAAAGCACAGUUUUACCUGGUCUCUCUGUAUCAUUGUAAUUCGCAUGAAUGUGUUCCGUUUAUACUUGCAGUUGGGGUUGUGUAUAGUCAUGAAGGUUCAGGUUGCAUUACAUUGGAGGAAGUCAAUUUGUAAUGCCAUUUUAAGGUCAACCAUUCAACAUGGUUUCCAUCUGGUAGUUUAAGUGAACCUACCUAUCAUACCAAAAUGCCUCUGUGAAUGAGGCUUAGUGAAUGGUUUUAACCACACAGAGAGACUGACACCAAAGCCUUGUGUUUGGUUAUAUUGACUGAGGCACACACUACAAUUGAAACACCAUACCCUUAUCCUCCAGAUGGCUCAAAGCUCAAUCCUUUAUUUCACUUUAAUAUAUCUCCCAUUUACCACCCUAUCUAUCCCCUCUUUUUGUGGGAGCACAAAUCGGCUUCUCUAAAUGCUUCUCUAACAGUAACAACGAGGCCCCAAUCCCAGCCAUCUAAAGCUAAACAAGAUAAUCUAUUUUUCUCGCCUUUCUCUCUCUCUUUUCAUCCCUCUCUUCUGAAGGACCUCAUGGCUAUCGACCUGGAGCCCUACCGUUUCUGUGGCGUCAACAUGACUGGCUUCCGCAUCCUCAACGUGGACAACCCUCAGGUGGCGUCCAUCGUGGAGAAGUGGUCCCAAGAGAGGCAGAUACCUCCCAAGCCCGACUCGGGCCUCCUGGAGGGGAUCAUGACGGUAUGUUUUUGGUCUUCUGUUGUGGACCUCUGAUUCUGAUAGUAUGCUAAAAUCAGCAUGAAAGACACUUUAAAAAUCAUAUUGAUAUCUAUAUACCCUGUGUCUUUCACCAGCCCUGCUCUCAACAUUUUUACCAACAGAUCUAGGACAUGGCCUAUGUAUGAUAACUACUACUACUACCACCACUACUACUACUAAUCAUUCCGAACUCUCAUUGGUGUCAAGCAAUUUUUUUAGCUUGUAUUCUUUUGAAUGUAACAACAUAAAUUGAGGUAUUUAGAGUACUAUAUAGCUAGGGAACAUUGAACAGAACAAGGCUAUGUCAAUAAUUACAUUUUGAAAAAAAAUGCAGAUAGAACAUUAUAGUCUCAAGCUCUAGUAACAGUAUUACCACUAUAUUACUACUAUUAAGUAUUAACACUAUAUUACUACUAUUAGUAACAGUAUUACCACUAUAUUACUACUAUUAGCAACAGUAUUACCACUAUAUUACUACUAUUAGUAACAUUAUUACCACUAUAUUACUACUAUUAGUAACAGUAUUACUACUAUAUUACUACUAUUAAUAACAGUAUUACUACUAUAGUACUACAUAGCAAACAGUAAUACUACUAAUUACAUAAGUAACAGUAUUACUACUACUUAUACUAUAGCUAGAAGAACAGUAUUACCACAUAUGUAUACUAAUAGCAACAACAGUUUAACCACUAUUUACUACUAUAGUAACAGAUUUACCAGUAUAUAUACUAUAAACAGUAUUACUACUAAUACUACUACUGCUACGUACCACCAAUGAUGCUAAUAAUAAUGACAAUGGUGAUACUUUUGUAACAUAAUGUCAGAUAAGAAGCACUUGGAAGCAGGAUGGUCACAGUCUACUAAAUUCUGAACUAAUUCAUUCAAUGUAUUCAGGGGAGCUCAUAAUCAUUCAAAUCCCAUCACAAUGGUCUAAAUCCAAUAAUCACAAAUCCCAUCCCUGAUAUUCCAAUAAAGCCCCCUUUUACGCUCUAACUUAAUAAGCGAGCGUAGCUAAUGGAAGAUAAAGAGUUAUACAUGCAUGUGGUAUAUUCAAUAUGAAUAUUAUAUUGUUGAAAUCACUCGUUGUUUGUUUAUCUAUUAAUGGAUUUGACUGGGGUUCAGAUACACCCACACGGCACUCUCACAGGUCUCAUUAUUUCUGUAUGGAGAAGGAGGGGUUUUAUGGAAAGGAGUGCGCUCUCUCCGUGUAGUACUCACUUUUAAUUGCUCCCGGAACUCCGUAUGAGAUAAAAUCUAGGUGAUACAAACAUCAAGGUAGGCUGCCUUUAAUUUGGUCUUACUCGCCUGGAAAGCUUCAUAUCCAUAUUUACAAAAGGAAUUGAGCUCACUUUCUCGGGGCAUGCUAUCUGGAAAAUAAGAAAAAUCUGAGCGCUUUGAUUUCCCUUUGUUAGCUUAGCUUUUUCUCAAACACUUUUGCUGCUACUGGUGCUGAGGGAAGUGGACUCCCAUUGUCCACAGCCGUCAGCUGAAAUAAUGUCCCCCUUUAUUCCAGACAGAUGCUGCUCUGACGUACGACGCGGUCCACAUCGUGUCCAUCUCCUACCAGCACGCACCACAGAUGACGGUCAACUCGCUGCAAUGUCCACCGCCACAAACCCUGGCGGUUCGGCGGGCGCUUCAUGAACUUCAUCAAAGAGGUGAUGCUGAGCGUCUUGUUUUCAUCUGAUGUUGAUGUUUGAAUUGUUGUCAGACAAAACUCUGACAACUGACGACUUCCUAAUAUGGAUGCUGUACUAAUUGUCUCUGAAACCAUUUAAUAAAUGCAAUUACAAUUGGAGAAGAAGGAAACAUUGUGUAAUCAUGGCACAUACAUUUUUACAGACAAAGGCAAUGUUAUCUUGAUAAAUCUCUUUGUGAUGAGGUGGUGUUGAAGGAGUCAGGCGCAGGAGGGUAAAUCACAGAAUAACAGGCUUUAAUCCGCAAAAUACAGGUUUACGCAGAAAUGCGUCAAACACACUCCUGGGCACAAAACAGGUGCACUGGAAAAUAUAAGGCACACAGGAAAAUACUCCCGUCGAUACAAAAUACACGAGCUCCACCGAGCUUCACUAACCUCCACAAUAAACAAUCACCCACAAGGACAAGGGGGCAGAGGGAACACUUAUACACUGACUAAUUAGGGGAUUAGAACCAGGUGUGUGUGAUUGACAAGACAAGACAAAUGUGAUGAUGAUAAUUGGGGUGGCAGUGGUUAGUACUCCGGUGACGACGAACGCCGAAGCCUGCCUGAACAAGGAGGGGAGGCAGCCUCGGCCGAAGUCGUGACACUCUUAUUCAUGAACGGUGUCUCACAGUAAUCAACUACUCUAAGCUGUGUUAAAGUAAUCUCUCCAGCUAAAUUCCCUGUAUUCAUAUCCUAUUUACAGAUGGCAAAACUCACAGUGAGUCAUUGUGUCCUAUUUAUACUGAAAAGGGAAACUGGUGCGCCCUUCUGUGCACUCUGCUCACAAUAAGACUGUUUGAAACAGGCAAAUCGUAUAAUCAGCUCUUGUUUCAUUUCACAAGAGAGUGUGUGAUGACUGUGACUCAGAAUAGUCAGAUUAAGGCUGUAGAACAUGAUGCCAUGGUGCCACGGCGCCCAGUGUACUGAACAUCACAAGGCCAGAGCCUGGAGUAUCAGUGAGGGGAAUGUCUUAGCUCCAUAGCUCCAUCAGUAGCUCCAUCAUUGCCAGGGGUAACAGACACCUCUCUGUGAGCGCGGAGAAACAGGAGGAGGGCUCUGGUGGGAGGGAGAGAGGGAAGGGGGGGGGGGGCAUAUCUGGAUCAUAAUGAUGGGCAGUUAUGUGUUUUUUUCUCCCUUGUGUGGAAUCAAGCGAAGGAGAUUGUCUUUAAUUAACACUGUGGUCUGGGGGAAAAUGUGUCUGAGGCGUUGGGAUGUAAAAUGUAAUUAAAAAGGAAAUGCAGCCCAGUGUGUGUGUGUGUGUGUGCCUUUCCGCCAUGGUGUGUGCAAGCAUGUGUGUGUUUUUACAUGUGUACAUGCUUUAAUGAAUGAGUGUUAAUGUGUGGUUGUGUGUGUGUUUCUCUGCAGUCUCACUGGGAAGGACUGACGGGGAGGCUGUCAUUCAACAGGACCAGUGGCCUCCGCACAGACUUUGACCUGGACAUCAUCAGCCUGAAAGAGGAGGGCCUGGAGAAGGUAACACACCUCAUUCUGACACACCUCAUUCUGACCACAAUGACUUCAACUAUCAAACUAACCACACCUUAAAGAAGUGUAGUGUUACAUAAUAGUUUAGGUUUUCACUCAGUCUGAGGACAUGAAUGGAAAUGUAAAAUCCAUGCUUAUUUUAGGAGCACAACAAUAAGACCAUACCCUGGUGAGUUAAUAUUUUACACAUACAAAGGUUUAUUUAUACCCUCCACAAUACACUAUACUCUCUUUUUCUCUUAGGACUUAACAUUUGUUUUGCAAAUCCCCUGUUAAAUCGUCUAGAGAAAAAUCUGAAAUCCAUUCCAGUUUUCUUCUUUAAUAUGGAACAAAUAAUGCACAACGGUCUCCAUUUGACAGUAUCGUUUACCUCCUAACAAGGAAGCCAAUGGGCUGUUCAAACAUAAGCAUACGUUAAUGGAUCAUAAAGUCAAUUGGAUGAGGGUAGACAUUAAAGUGUUAAUUGCAAGUCUCUAAUGGUAAUUCGAGUUGUUGCCCGAAAUGCUGUUUGCUAAUGAGGUGUAUAAACCUCACUGAUUUACCCACAAAAGGAAGUCAAAAGUUGGUAAUGAAGGAGGAGAAUAAUAACUUCCUGUGUUAUUUUAAAAGGCAGAAUAGCACCCUGCGGACUAUAACGGCUUUGUGGUGAUAUGGGUUUUCAUACAUUAUGGAAACAUAAACUCAAGAUAAGUGCCAUUAUGACUUCCUCAAGCACUCCCGUAUGGCAGAGCCGGUUUGAGCCUGUAUAAUAGCUAGGACAUGUCAGCUCAGAAUAUCACUGCAGCUCCAGGCUGGAACAACCACAAUACGCCAAACUAUUUCCGUAUCUCAUUUUUCUGCUGUGCUGGGUCUGCUCCUGUGUUUGCACAUCUCUGAGGCUGAGUAGUGUGCUAAAACCAGCAUGAAAGACACUUUAAAAAACAAUAUGUGUGGAUAGCUACAGUGAGGGACAAAAGUAUUUGAUCCCCUGUUGAUUUUGUACGUUUGCCCACUGACAAAUAAAUGAUCAGUCUAUAAUUUUAAUGGUAGGUUUAUUUGAACAGUGAGAGACAGAAUAACAACAAAGAAAUCCAGAAAAACGCAUGUCAAAAAUGUUAUAAAUUGAUUUGCAUUUUAAUGAGGGAAAUACGUUUUUGACCCCUCUGCAAAACAUGACUUAGUACUUGGUGGCAAAACCCUUGUUGGCAAUCACAGAGGUCAGACGUUUCUUGUAGUUGGCCACCAGGUUUGCACACAUCUCAGGAGGGAUUUUGUCCCACUCCUCUUUGCAGAUCUUCUCCAAGUCAUUAAGGUUUUGAGGCUGAAGUUUGGCAACUCGAACCUUCAGCUCCCUCCACAGAUUUUCUAUGGGAUUAAGGUCUGGUGACUGGCUAGGCCACUCCAGGACCUUAAUGUGCUUCUUCUUGAGCCACUCCUUUGUUGCCUUGGCCGUGUGUUUUGGGUCAUUGUCAUGCUGGAAUACCCAUCCACGACCCAUUUUCAAUGCCCUGGCUGAGGGAAGGAGGUUCUCACCCAAGAUUUGGCGGUACAUGGCCCCAUCCAUUGUCCCUUUGAUGCAGUGAAGUUGUCCUGUCCCCUUAGCAGAAAAACACCCCCAAAGCAUAAUGUUUCCACCUCCAUGUUUGACGGUGGGGAUGGUGUUCUUGGGGUCAUAGGCAGCAUUCCUCCUCCUCCAAACACGGCGAGUUGAGUUGAUGCCAAAGAGCUCUAUUUUGGUCUCAUCUGACCACAACACUUUCACCCAGUUCUCCUCUGAAUCAUUCAGAUGUUCAUUGGCAAACUUCAGACGGCAUGUAUAUGUGCUUUCUUGAGCAGGGGGACCUUGCGGGCGCUGCAGGAUUUCAGUCCUUCACGGCGUAGUGUGUUACCAAUUGUUUUCUUGGUGACUAUGGUCCCAGCUGCCUUGAGAUCAUUGACAAGAUCCUCCCGUGUAGUUCUGGGCUGAUUCCUCACCGUUCUCAUGAUCAUUGCAACUCCACAAGGUGAGAUCUUGUAUGGAGCCCAAGGCCGAGGGAGAUUGACAGUUAUUUUGUGUUUCUUCCAUUUGCGAAUAAUCGCACCAACUGUUGUCACCUUCUCACCAAGCUGCUUGGCGAUGGUCUUGUAGCCCAUUCCAGCCUUGUGUAGGUCUACAAUAUUGUCCAUGACAUCCUUGGAGAGCUCUUUGGUCUUGGCCAUGAUGGAGAGUUUGGAAUCUGAUUGAUUGAUUGCUUCUGUGGACAGGUGUCUUUUAUACAGGUAACAAGCUGAGAUUAGGAGCACUCCCUUUAAGAGUGUGCUCCUAAUCUCAGCUCGUUACCUGUAUAAAAGACACCUGGGAGCCAGAAAUCUUUCUGAUUGAGAGGGGGUCAAAUACCUAUUUCCCUCAUUAAAAUGCAAAUCAAUUUAUAAAAUGUUUGACAUGCGUUUUUCUGGAUUUUUUUGUUGUUAUUCUGUCUCUCACUGUUCAAAUAAACCUACCAUUAAAAUUAUAGACUGAUCAUUUCUUUGUCAGUGGGCAAACGUACAAAAUCAGCAGGGGAUCAAAUACUUUUUUCCCUCACUGUAUAUAGGCCUACUGUGUGUUUUUCUCCAUCCUUGGUCUCAAACAUGUUACAUAUCACAUAGUACUCAAUGGAUUGCAGGAUUUUGUCUCUUUAUAUCCGUGGAAUCGGCUUUAGCUAACUGUUCGAGCCUGUAAAGAUAGGGACUUUUUAGGCCUAAUCUGCCCUAAUUGAAUAUUAGCCCGAGUUUGAGCUGAGACUGGAAUUAGGAAAGGUUUCCAGUCAGAGUGGCAAAUUCACUGACAUAUAAAAGAGGAGUUGCACGAGUAAAUCACUUUUGAAUUGGUUCUUUGGCUAUACACAUUUAAUGAAUUGAGUUAAUUGGCCACAAUUAGUAAGACUGGGCUGGCAUGCAGAGUGGAAGACAUGGAUAUUUUUUUAAGCAGAUCUUCUCUUCAGUUGCGUAGUCCUUUUUUUUGGACUGUUUCACACAAGCUGUAACUAAUAUGUUUUUCAAAUUCAAGCAUAUGCUCCUCAGUGGGUCAGACAGAAGGACUUUAUCAGGUGUUUUUCACGCUGGCUGCAAUGCAGCGUGUUUGUGUACCUUUAAACGGAUCCACCUCAAGUGCCAGCCAGCCCUGUGAAUAUUAAAUGGCACUUUGGUAGUUACGCAGAAGGAGAACGAGAGGAGGAUGGGGGGAGGAGAGUAGGGAUAGCAAAUGACUGCGAACUCGACUUGCAAAAUUAGAUCGUUACCGACAGCCUACAGGACUGACUAUAUUAUGAUAAUGAUAUGUUCCAGAGUUGUCACGACAGUAUGGAAUGGGCUUUUUUUUGCCCGGAGGGCACUACUCGUGUGCAACUCCUUUUAUUUGCUCUAAUCUUUUUGUAUUUAUCUUAGUGAGAUUACUCAGAGCAGAACUUCUCUGCCAGCAUUAUCAAGCUUUUAUAUUUCCAUUGCCGACAACCCCAUGCUGGGCUUUCUUUUCCAAAUUAAUUGUAGCAUUUGUGUUUUGCUACAUUCCUAAGGGCACAAAACUGCAAAGAUACCAGACCUGAAAUAGCCAUAUGAUAAUCACGCUAGGAUGCAUAUCUAGUUUGCUAUUUUUAAUGCUCUGGUUUCUGUACGUGUUUUAACCACCGAAAGGAGGAGAUUAUGAAGCCUAAAUGGAAGUCUAAAUGGAAGACAUUGAUCAAGAAAUUGUAUUUGAUUGCUCUCCCACUUUUUCUCUGUCAUGGUCACACACAUACUACACAGAAACUAACAACCUAUCCUCUUUUCCUGCAUUCAGAAAAGUGCUCCAAUUACCUAUUGUGUGUAUGUAAUAAGAGAAGAGUUGCAAGUGAAAAUAAUGUUUGUUGUAGUAGUGUAGGAGUGGAACAAGGCUGUGCUCUCUCUUCAUUUCAACAAUUCAUAAGCUAUGAUAUUCAUAAGGUAUUGGUAUUUUUAGAACAAGGCCAACAGAGGGGGUGACAGGUGACAGUUUGGAGAAUCUGACAUCUUUUGAUACGGAAAGUUGCAGAACACAACACAAUGUUUUUGUGUUAAUCUUAGAGACUACUACUGAAACAUAUUGUUUAAAUUCGAUUACAUUUGAGAAAAAAAUCAACUUUUUGCAUAUUAUUUAUGUUCCAAACAUAACACCAGGAUGAAGUGAAACAUAUCCAUCAUAAUUCCAUAAUUCCCAACAGAACGAUUUGCCUUCUUAGACUUCUCUCUCCUACAAUGUCAAUUCUUUUAGAGCCUGCCUCCACAUCCCACCACUUCCUCUUUGCACAACCUCUCCCAAUAACCUCAUGGCGUAUAGUGUGUCCAGAGGUGACACAGCCAAUCAGCUAAUGGAUAUGUGUCCCGGUGGGCGCUAAUGCAGCAUGGUGGGCUUGUGGGAAGUCGGGGUCACGAGUUGCCGCAGUAGAGAGGUGAAGUCGAACACUUACACGCUUUUCAUCUUCCCGCAGGUGGGGAAGUGGAGUGCGUCCGGAGGUCUCAACAUCACCGAGGUCCCCAAGCGGAAAGGGGUGAACAUCACCGACUCGCUGGCCAACCGUUCCCUGGUCAUCACCACCAUACUGGUAGGUCAGCUGACUUUGAUCAGCCCUUCCUGAAAUACCUCUCAUGAGAUGGUCGUUUAUACACUACCAGUCAAAAGUUUGGACACACCUACUCAUUCAAGGGUUUUUCUUUAUUUUUACUAUUUUUUACAAAGUAGAAUAAUAGUGAACUUCAAAACUAUGAAAUAACACAUAUUGAAUCAUGUAGUAACCAAAAAAGUGUGAGAGAGAGUCUUUUACAGGGAUUGGCUGAGAAAACAAUUUUCCCUUGCGAGUUACAGUUGAAGUCGGAAGUUUACAUACACUUAGGUUGGAGUCAUUAAAACUCGUUUUCAACAAACUAUAGUUUUGCCAAGUGCAUGACACAAGUAAUUUUUCCAACAAUUGUUUACAGACAGAUUAUUUUACUUAUAAUUAAAUGUAUCACAUUUCCGGUGGGUCAGAAGUUUACAUACACUAAGUUGACUGUGCCUUUAAACAGCUUGGAAAAUUCCUGAAAAUUAUAUCAUGGCUUUAGAAACUUCUGCUAGGCUAAUUGACAUAAUUUGAGUCAAUUGGAAGUGUACCUGUGGAUGUAUUUCAAGGCCUACCUUCAACCUCAGUGCCUCUUUGCUUGACAUCAUGGGAAAAUCAAAAGAAAUCAGCCAAGACCUCAGAAAAAAAUAUUGUAGACCUCCACAAGUCUGGUUCAUCCUUGGGAGCAAUUUCCAAAUGCCUGAAGGUACCACGUUCAUCUGUACAAACAAUAGUACACAAGUAUAAACACCAUGGGACCACGCAGCCGUCAUACCGCUCAGGAAGGAGACGCGUUCUGUCUCCUAGAGAUGAACGUACUUUGGUGCGAAAAGUACUAAUUAAUCCCAGAACAACAGCAAAGGACCUUGUGAAGAUGCUGGAGGAAACAGGUACAAAAGUAUCUAUAUCCACAGUAAAACGAGUCCUAUAUCGACAUAACCUGAAAGGCCGCUCAGCAAGGAAGAAGCCACUGCUCCAAAACCGCCAUAAAAAAGCCAGACUACGGUUUGCAACUGCACAUGGGGACAAAGAUGGUACUUUUUGGAGAAAUGUCCUCUGGUCUGAUGAAACAAAAAUAUAACUGUUUGGCCCUAAUCACCAUCGUUAUGUUUGGAGGAAAAGGGGGAAGGAUUGCAAGCCGAAGAACACCUUCCCAACCGUGAAGCACGGGUUGGCAGCAUCAUGCUGUGGGGGUGCUUUGCUGCAGGAGGGACUGGUGCACUUCACAAAAUAGAUGGCAUCAUGAGGAAGGAAAAUUGUGGAUAUUUUGAAGCAACAUCUCAAGACAUCAGUCAGGAAGUUAAAGCUUGGUCACAAAUGGGUCUUCCAAAUGGACAAUGACCCCAAGCAUACUUCCAAAGUUGUGGCAAAAUGGCUUAAGUACAACAAAGUGAAGGUAUUGGAGUGGCCAUCACAAAGCCCUGACCUCAAUCCUAUAGAAAAUGUGUGGGCAGAACUGAAAAAGCGUGUGCGUGCAAGGAGGCCGACAAACCUGACUCAGUUACACCAGCUCUGUCAGAAGGAAUGGGCCAAAAUUCACCCAACUUAUUGUGGGAAGCUUGUGGAAGGCUACCCGAAACAUUUGACCCAAGUUAAUCAAUUUAAAGGCAAUGCUACCAAAUACUAAUUGAGUGUAUGUAAACUUCUGACUCACUGGGAAUGUGAUGAAAUAAAUAAAAGCUGAAAUAAAUCAUUCUCUCUACUAUUAUUCUGACAUUUCACAUUCUUAAAAUAAAGUGGUGAUCCUAACUGACCUAAGACAGGGCAUUUUUACUAGGAUUAAAUGUCAGGAAUUGUGAAAAACAGAGUUUAAAUGUAUUUGGCUAAGGUGUAUGUAAACUUCCGACUUCAACUGUAUGUAUAAUUUACAUUUGGCAAAAUAACAUACACUACAUCUCCUUUUAACAUGGUCCACGUUAGAAGGUUGAAAAAACAUUUUUGGCCUUGAGGCCCUCUCUGCUACCACCACUCCGACCGGGAAAUCAGAGAUAUCUGUCAAAUUAAUCACAGUGAAUUAACCAAACACCACCUGGAAUUUACCUCGCCAAUUUGAAUCCAGGUUGGAUUGUAAAAGGAUGUACUGUAGAUCAUCAUUAUGUCACAUUAAGAUCACAGUGGGGAUGUGAGGCAUUUGCAGUGCAAGGAGCCCAUAGAGAAGAAGACAUGGAGCCACAAUGGACCAGUCUAUAAAUAUCCAUUAAUUACAUGUUAGGAAAUAAACAGGUUCUCUCCCACCAACUCUCCACAUUCAUUUGCAGAUCGUCUAUUGUGUAUAUUUAAGCCUGUCAACUGGGAGGUUAGAGGGUCUUUGUGGCGCUAUCACCGAGGUGCUGACAAUGAACAUCCCCCACAAGCUUAUUCUGGACGGACACACAAGUUAUCAAAAAUGAUAAACACUCUCAUUAAGUCUGGAUUGGAGCGCAAGGCUGUAAUUAUGACCGAGUGAGGUUUAGAAGAGAUAUAAUCAGUGCCUUCUGGUGCCAACCAUGGGGAGUAGCAACUUCAAUCACAAAGACAAGAAAUAGAACCAUAAAACAGGUGGUGUUUAGAGCUGCACCCAAAAAUAAAUACACAAAAUAAUAUGAUUUAGGGUCAGUUUCUUUGAGCCAGAUUAAGCCUAUUCCUGGACUAAAAAACACUUCCAAUGGAAAUUCCCCAUUGGACAUGCUUUACAAUCCAGGAGUAGGGUUUAGGUCCAAACCAGGCACCUGCAUGGAUCACCUGCAUCUUUUGACAGUGUGCGAUGGUUUAGGAGUAUUUUAGGAAUCAACACUUUUAGAUUGUAAAAGCAGAUUUAGAAUUGAGCAUCAGCGGUACUAAUAUCAGUGUCUGUGUUUUCUCCAUUCUGAGCUUAAUGACAUUGCAUCAAACUGAUCUCAGCGAUCCGCAAUAAGACGUCUGACAGUUUUAUGGUGAUAACUUCUCGUAUUCUACAAAGAGAUUAAGAUAUUUAAUGCGUUUCCCAGCUCUCACAUUAAUUGUUUUCACUCCAUUGCCUGUAACUGUGUCUGCAUAUCUCCUUCCCCGUUCUCUUAUGUACACCCAUGCUGCGCUAGAGAGUGUGAAACUGGUUUAAACACUUUGAUUUGAGUCCAAACCUUGGGGAAUUUAAAGAGUUGGGAAGGCUAGAAACAGAUGGUAAUGACUUUUUUCUACCCCCCUCAACACGCAAACUUUUUGAUAAAGAUAAUUGGAUGACUUGAACAAAGUUUUCCUCUAAGCUCUUGCUUUCUAUCUAAAUGCAUUAUAAUCAAGUAUUCCUUAGUUAUCAUUUAUUUAAAGGGACGUCCUAAUUGCGAACGGACAACUAGCUACAUAUUAAGAUUGCAACCAAUUAUUUAUUUGAAAAAUGUCUGUCCCUGAGAUGGUAUUUUGGGUGUAGAAAAGGACACCCCUUCAAGGCAUUUACCAUCAAGGCAACACGAUUCGAAACAACAGUCAAAUUGAUUUCCAUAUUUCGCCACAGCAUUAUUAUAAUAUACAUCAAUCACUUUCUUGGGUAAACCGUGUUAUGACUGGUUAUUUCCCCCUCUUUAACGGCUUUUCUAGCAGCUUUGUGUCACACAAAGACGUGGCCGAUGGGAAUACAAAAGCAGAGGUCACCUUGACUGGAGAAUCAAUUACUCUACUUAUGAACAGACUUUAUGAAUUGUAUGUCUGGCCAUCGGAAGCAAUAAAUAAAUUGCCCAUGAGGAAGUGGACCACCAUGUCUUUAAAAAAUGCACAGCGGGAUAUGUGUUGGGCCCUAUUUUGCAGACAGAUAGUGGCAGACACUAAAUAAAGGAACAUAUCGAGCCAUCCGCCAUCCUUUCUUUGAGAUUUUAGCCAUUGUUCAUGCAGGCAAUAGGCAUCACCUUGGUUACUCUGCCUUGUGAGACCAGUGACGAUAGAGACAACAACAUUGCAGGCAUGUUCCUUUUCAUUGCAGCAUUCUGUUCCUAAUCAAGCUUUUAUUCAACCUGAUAUUAUGUGGAGCCAGGGAGAAUAUUACAGGGCAGUAAAGACCGCUGGCUCUCUGACCAUAAACUGCAUUGCACUGUAGUAUACAAUGUCUACAAGGGGCAGUGGGCAGGGAUGUGGGAGGGGGAAUGGCCAGGGAGGGUUGGCUGGCUGCAGAGGUUAUUUUGGAGUGCCUAGAUUCCCCAUCUAUUGUAUAGCAAAGAGACUUCCCAUUGUGUGCUGUACAUUUCUCAGAUUGCACAGCACAGCAUAGCCGCCACUUAAAUCAGUUAGAUUUUCCUGUCGACAUACAUUCUGUUAAUGCAAGGAAAACCAUUGCACUCGUCCAUAUUUAAACAUACAGUGUAGCUAACCACACAUUGGACUGGAGUCUCCCUGUCGCUCCCUGUUAGACGGAACAAGGACUUAUCAGCCCAGAUCACUUUGCCUCAAUUAGGUGCAUGUGCUGAAGAACAAAUGGAAAAAGCUGACCUCAACGCUGGUUUCCAUUUGAUUUUUUGUGUCUGUGCAGGAGGAGCCAUAUGUCAUGCUUAAGAAGUCUGACAAGGCGCUGGUGGCCAAUGACCGUUUCGAGGGAUUCUGUAUCGACCUGCUCAAGGAGCUGGCCAGCAUCCUGGGCUUCACCUACGAGAUCCGUCUGGUGCCUGAUGGGCGGUACGGAUCGCAGGACGACAAGGGCCAGUGGAACGGCAUGAUCAAGGAGCUGAUGGAACACGUGAGUUGGACUACAAGUUACCUUUUGACUGUUACUACUACUGUCUACUAUUGCUUAUAGCCAGUGCUCAACAUUGUACAUUAUUAGAUGUUUUGACUACAGAUUCAAUAAGUUACCUCUGAGACAAACCCGUUUCAAAUAAUUUGUCUUGUUUGUUGGGACCCUGUUUUUGUCUGUUAGGAUCUGGUUUGAAACUUAUCACAAUCAAAAUUAAUGUGUUGUUUUACGACAAAUAUAUUUAAGACAUACUAUGAAGAAUAAAAGUAUAGCAUUUUGCCUGGAAAAAUACACAGUGCUACCAUUGAGGACAACACCAACAACAAUAUCACCUACAGUGUGCGAAAGAAACAUAUUGAAGUUGGUUUUGAAAGCAUCAAAUGAAAGCAUCAAAGGUUGUUAAAAUAUAGCUGACAUUGACAACAAGGACAGUGCCCUGCUGGCAUUUUCAGAGUGUCCCUCCCCAUCGCCCUCUCCCUGUCCUCAGCCCCCCUGGUCAACGAUGUGCUCGGCUGAAAAAGUUGUAAUAGCUUAAGUGGCAUUUAGAGGGCGGGAGUCGGACGGUACGUGUCAAUGGCUAGGUGCUGAAAGGGUUAGUAAAGUUGGGCUAGCGCCGCAGCACUUAAUCUCUACCUUAGCCAGAUCCAGCUUUUAUCAGAUCCAGGUUGAUAUCAGUAACCUUGAGGGGGAACUAAGAGAUUAUGGCAGGAAAUGUUGCUUAUAGAAUUACAAGCUUUCUUCAUAAUGAACAGUAAACAUAGGAUAGCAUGUAUGUUAUUAUAUCUUACUCUUUCCUAUUAUUAUUAUUAUUAUUAUUAGUAUUAUUAUUAUUAUUGUUAUGUUAUUAUUACUGUAUUCUGCAUUGUUGGAAGGGCCUGUAAGUAAGCAUUUCACUGUUAGUCUACACCUGUUGUUUACGACGCAUGUGACAAUUAAAAUUUGAUUUGAUUUGACAGAGGUUAAUGUUACCAAUAGCCACUAUCUAGACAGUAGCCUGGAUAUACACACUGAUUUCAGCUUUUCACUUUUGUUUUAAGGGAAACAAUGUGAUUCACUCUGGGUUUCAAAACUAUCUAGACAGUAGAGCACAUUUGAAAACAACAACCAGUUUCAGAGCACCUGUAUCUAUCUCCAUUCAUAUAUCCCAUGCUGUGAAAUGUACUUUGUACUGUACUCAGUGCACUCCAACACAUUUGCCCCUUAUAGCGUGUUAUGGGCAACACAUACUUAGUACAAUGCAGAUGAAUUCAAGCCCUGUGGUCCUCCAUUUUGUGUUUUAUGGUUUGAGUUCACUCUCAGAAGUUCCUCACAGUUAAAUAGUUGGCUGAAGAGGUCUCUGUGCCCAGUAAUUCCUAUACACUUAUCUUGGCUUUGGUAGAACUGAGAAUGCUACCUGAUCUUUGUACAGUUCUACUGUAUUUGGGUCUAUAUUGCUUCCAUGAGAGUAAUGUCAGCUGAUAGUAGAGGAAUCAAGAACACCAAUGUUACAUUGAGAUAUUACGUACUGUAGGUCUAUCCUCAUCAUGGUUGUAUAAUACAGUAAUAUAGGAUUAGAUUUAGAUCUAGUAUGUUUCCCUACACAGUCUGUAAAGGGUAAGUGCGCUAUAGACUGUCUCCAUGUGCUACAGCUCUUUAUUUGAAUGGCCUACACUGCAUCACCACUGCUAUAUGGAUUUAUUUAGCUGGUUCUAUUUUGUGGCUCAGAGCUUUUCUUCCUCCUGUCUAUACUGAUAAGCUGAUCUUGAAUCAGCAGACCUGAAAGUCAACUUUGGAACCAGCUCAAGAGAACUGACCUGGGAUUGCCACAAUAAGCUUGGAUGGAUAUUGGUUUCCAUACAAGUAAACCAACAACCUUAUCCCUAAGUAUUGGAAUCAUGGCUGUGGUGCUGUAUUCUGUUUAUCCCAAACCAGAAUCACCAUGCGUCAUUGGCUAAUGUGUUGGCAGGUUUGACAUCCAAUGGAAGUCAUGGAUAUGUUUCUAGGAUGCUUUUAUGCAAAUUAACAAUGGAAUGAGCUCAGAUGACACUGACAGCCAACAAAUCUUUCUGAAAACCAAACAAAAAUAGUACACAGGGAAUGGGGGGGGGUAUUUAUUAAUGGACACUGGUAACGUUAUUAUCUGUUAAAUGUAUUUCCAUCAGAUAUUUAUUAACCCCUAAAAAAAUGUUUUGUUGGGAUGACCAUGCUACAUUACAACGCUGCCGUGUACUAGUGACAACUCACCCAACGGGUCACCUAGUUAGAUAAAUUCAUCGGUUUAAGGAAGACGACAAGCAAAACAAAGCCGUCUGGUUGUUUUUAGCUGAUUCAUCCUGUCAGCCCACAAUCUCACAUAAAUCAUAGUUUCAUUACUCAAUGGUGCAGUACUCGUGUGGGUUUAUUAAAAGCAGUUGUAAGCCUUCAUUCAUCUUUGUAGGUCACCGAGCCCUGUCAAACAAAAAAGCAAAUGUGGAAUGACAAAAAUAAAGUAUUUGUUGGUAUGUCUGAUGUCAACUGAUGUCAACAUGUAGGAAGGAGUGAAAAACUAAAAACAUGCAUGUAGCUGGGUUAGUGUUUUUAUAUACAUUUCCUGAGAUUGUACUAUUGAAUAAACAAAUAAUUAAGUAUUGCAGUGUGUCUCACCCACAAGUCCAACUUUGUGUGCAUCACGUGAAUAUCUUGUGUAUGUGCAUAAUAUACAUGAUUAAUUGGCCAUUGUGUAAAUACAAAUGGGAUAAAUCUUGAAUGAGAAAGAGUGUGUGUGUUGUGGCUAAUUAAAUACAAAAAGCCUUUUCGUGCCCAUGUAGCAUAGCGGCCUUUAUUUUCCUCAGAGUCGUCAAAGCCCACUACAAAGCCAAAGGGCAUUGUGGGAAAGGCGCUAAAUUAUGCAACAGGUCAUGUUAAACUUGAUUUAGUCACAAUAGAUGAUCCAAUUAAUCAUGAUGUUGAUGCCAGUAUUAAUAGCUGGCUUAACACAUCAUUUGUUUCUGUCGGGGCAAAUAAUCUCUUGCUCCGACAGAUACACAUGAAGGUUAUGGCAAGACCACGGCACGCCACGGCAAGCCACGCAUCUCAUUGUCUACAUGUAGCGACAGCAGACUGGAUUUGGGACCUUGGCAAGAAAUUGGAUUGAAAAAGGGGCUUUAUUUGCAAUCCUAGACAUGUACAUGCACGUGGGGUCUCUAUCUGAGGGUUGCAGACCUGAUUGGUUUUACAGUGGAACGUGAAGGUGGUUUUGACUACUGAGGGCAGGAUAGUGGUCAGAGCUGUCAUUUUGACGGACAGGCAGCAUGACUUUCAAUUGCGUCAACAAUCACAGCAACAUUAUUCUGCUACAUUAUAGUGUUUUUGUGCUUUAAAAACUCUACCUGAAGGAUAGGAUGAUGUUAUAGCAAUCCUUUCAUUUCAAGAAGGACGUACUGUAGAGUCAGACGAUGGAAUUACCAGACCAACAUUUCUAUAGUCGUAUAUGCAAAUUGAAACAGUGGUGGACAAUGAGGCAGUUGGAGCACUGUAUGCAAAUCUUUGUAAAACAAUCAUCGAGUUAAGAGGUACAGGAAAUGUGGUGAACUGUGUCAUUUGUGAGGCAAAUGUGCUCAGGCGCUGUCCGAGAUUAUCAUUCAAUAAACCUAUAAGACUAAAUAAUCAAGCCCCACAAAUGUGAAAAACCAAUAAAUGUCAAGGGACUGCAAGUAACACAGAUUGUUAUAGAUUGUUACAGUUAACCUCUGCUGGGAGUGUUGAGCUAGGUGUAAUUGUAUGAAUCCUACAGAAUGUAAUCAGGUGUGGUAGUAUGGAGGUAGCACAGUGCGAAGUUUACAAUACCAUCUGCGCGCCCACAGAUAACACAGAGCCAUGUGGCACUCAGCAGUGUACUGUCAGGUUAUCACACGUGUGCCCGGCAAUACGUGUCUAAGCAGAAAAUAGCCGUGCGGCGUGUAUAUUAGCCCACCAUAGGGAUGGCUGAGAUUGGCUGGGAUCACCUGCUGCUAGGUCUUCCGGUUGAGUGGCAGCUAGCUUGAAAAGCGGCGGUCGGCAGCAGAGAACAGAGGAAGCGGGUGUGUGUUGUAAACGUAAAUGUUUAAUGAGGGCACAGUUGAUUGCACCACAUGACAGAUUGGCUGUGCCCACACUGUCUCUCUUUGGUAGGCUGUCCAUACAUUGCAAAUGACAAUUAUUUGGGAGGGAAAUCAAUUUAAACUAUGUAUUUGAUUGUCCUAAUAAUAAUGUUGGGUUGGGUGGUACUUGUCAUACAAAUCAGCUACAUUUGUUCCUUGGAAUACUUGUGACCUUAUAGGGAGCAGGAUUCUGCUAAUUCAGACCUUCAUAUGAUAUACAGGACUAGACAUCCUCCACAUUUGCCAAUGUACACACCAAUACCUAAUUGAACUGACCUCCAUCAGAGAUGUUCUGGUACUAGCAUACUGAGCGCUGUUUCUUUGCCACCACUCAAAAAGGAAGAAAAAGAGUGACCCAAACCCCUUUGUGAGUUUCCUUCGUUUCCGAGGAAGGGAUCUAUCCAAGCGUGAACCAAGCAGCUGGUUUCAUUAACCUCCUGUCCAACCCUGACGUGUGGGAGGUGUGGGGGGAGUCAAUGUAAAUGGUGACCUUCUGAAUAUGCAGCCAGACGCAAAAUCGGGCGCCGCAACGUUCACCGUCAGACCCUGCCAUGUCCAUGGCUCCCAGGGCAGUAUCUCAUAGAGCUAUAUUAGGCUAGUCAGAAGGCACCAGGCUCCAGAUAGUGGAGGCAUGGGGAGAAGCUGUUUGGAAAGCAUGUGGGAAUGGCCAUUGUUUCUUGUGAUUCAUUGGGGCAGGUGUUCGUUGUUUCUUAUGUAGAGAGCGGGAAAAAAGAUUAGAGAAAAAUUGGAGAGAGGGGAAGUACAGUAAUCCCUCGUUUAUCGCGGGGGUUACGUUCCGAAAAUGACCCGCGAUAAGUGAAAUCCGCGAAAUAGAAAACUUUUUUUUUUUACAAUUAGCAACUAUUACAUGUAUAACAAAUACAGUGACUCACGUGUAGGCCGUUUCACUGCUCUUCAGACUGGGCCGCUGCAUCCUGACUGCGCUCUGCAGUGUUCUCUUCUUCUGAAGGCCGCGGUGCAGGUGUGUUUGUUCGGGAGAAGAACAUAGUGAUAGGCAGCUGUUGUCGCUCUUUUUUCUUCUUUGCAAAAAGAUCCUUGUACACCGACAUGCCACCAUCGAUUACGUUGGAGAACUGUAAUGAACGGCUCAUCAAAGGGUCCCAUUCCUCAGCUACUCGCUUAAGUUCAGUGGCCAUUCGCACCAUGGUUGCUAAGCGACCAAGCGUUAGUCCUUCCUCCUCAUCUCUCGUGUCCUCUUCUCCCUCUUCUCUUUCAUCGUCGCUUUGUGGCUUUGUCAUUUACCUUCCCUUAGCAUGUCCAGAAGUUUAACUUUAUCUGAGAUAGGUAGCAUCUUCCGCCGUUUGGGCCCAUCCGCAGGUGCUUUUGUCGGUCCAGGCCGUUUCGUCGACAUUAUGGGUUUAGGAGAUGUUCGAAAUUACAAGAUCAUUUGGCCAACUUAAUGUAAAUUUGCCAAGCUGUUUUAUGUACGUACACAUAACUGCACGAGACGACAAAAUGAUAGCACAAUUCGUAGCAUGUUUUGAUACAAGAAGCGGGAGUGAGUUUUUAGCGAAUCAGAAUGCAGAGCACAAUGCACCAAAAAAAAAAUAAAUGCAUUAUGAAAAUCCGCGAAAUAGCGAAUCCGCGAUAAGUGAACCGCGAAGUGGCGAGGGAUCACUGUACUCUGCAAAAUUACUUUGGUGUAAAGUUCAACAGAACUUUGAUUUUAUCAAAUUCUGUCAUAUGUUACAGGACUUAAUACUUGUUAUGAAACUAACAAUGUAACAUACUUUAUUUUCCUCAAACUGGUUUUCAAGUUUCAUGUACCUUUUUGGUGUAACAACAAUGGUUCAUGCAGAUCUAUGUUUUUCAAAGAUACCUGAAGAACAUAUGAAAGUACAAGCAAAAGACCGGAAGCUCUGUCACGCCCUGGCUCUGGGGACUCUAAUAUGUUGAGCCAGGGUGUGUAAAGUCUAUGUGUUUUGUUCUAGGUUUCACUUUCUAGUAUUGUUGUUCUAUGUUGGCCAGUGUGGUUCUCAAUCAGAGGCAACGUGAUUCAGCUGUUGCUUGUUGUCUGUGAUUGAGAACCAUACUUUAGCAGCCUGUUUCCCCACAGAGUUUGUGGGAUCUUGUUUCGAGUCUGUUGUGUUAGACCGUGAACUGUCACGUUUUCGUUUUGUUGGUUUUGAUCGUGUCUCUAAUAAAGAGUAUGUUUGCCUGCAACGCUGCGCCUUGGUCCUCAUCUCUGUUCGACGAUCGUGACAGAAGAUCCCACCAAGACUGGACCAAGCAGCAAGUCCAGGAGCCAGCGCCUGAGAGAUCUCUAGCGGAUCUCCUUCGCCUCCUCGACUGGGUCAAGCCAUGUGAGGAAGAGAGGGGCCUGACGUGGAGGCAGAAGGGCGAAAGGCUGGCGAGAAGCAUGGAGACCUGGUCCACGGGUAGGAGUGAAGCCCAUAAAAUUUUUAGGGGGGGGGCUAACGCCGUGGACGACGGGGCAGCAGGAGGCCGCCAGGUUACGGGAGUCACUGGUCACCAGGGGGAAGGAGGAUGUAGAGGCACGGCGAGAGGUACUGGCGUGUGUUACCAGUCCGGUCCGGCCUGUUCCUGAUCCCCACGUAGGGCCAGUGGUGUGUGUUCCCAGUACGGUCCGGCCUGUUCCUGCUCCCCGCACCAAUCAGUGGUGCGUUUCGUCAGCCCUGUCCGGCCCAUUCCUGCUCCCCGCACCAAGUCAGUGGUGCGUUUCGUCAGCCCUGUCCGGCCCGUUCCUGCUCCCCGCACCAAGUCAGUGGUGCGCGUCGUCAGCCCGGUCCGGCCCAUUCCUGCUCCCCGCACCAAGUCAGUGGUGCGUUUCGUCAGCCCAGCUCGGCCCGUUCCUGCUCCCCGCACCAAGUCAGUGGUGCGCUUCGUCAGCCCGGCACGGCCCGUUCCUGCUCCCCGCACCAAGUCAGUGGUGCGCUUCAUCAGCCCGGUCCGGCCCGCUCCUGCUCCCCGCACCAAGUCAGUGGUGCGUUUCGUCAGCCCGGCUCGGCCCGCUCCUGCUCCCCACACCAAGCCAGUGGUGUGCGUCGUCAGUCCGGCACGGCCCGUGCCUGUUCCACCGGUGGCUGGUCCGGCACCGGUCAGAUGCUUCACGCCGGAGCUGGAGCAAUCCGCUCCACCAGUGUGCAGUCCAGCUCCGGCCAGCGGGGCCAGACCGGACCAGGGGUACUUUGGGGGGUUGGAGAGGGAGCGGGGAUCAGGCCCGGAGCCGGAUCCGCCGCCUAAGCGGAGUGCCCACCCGGUCCCUCCCCUGUGGUAUUUGGUGGGCGCGGUCGGAGUCCGCGCCUUUGGGGGGGGUACUGUCACGCCCUGGCGCUGGGGACUCUAAUAUGUUGAGCCAGGGUGUGUAAAGUCUAUGUGUUUUGUUCUAGGUUUCACUUUCUAGUAUUGUUGUUCUAUGUUGGCCAGUGUGGUUCUCAAUCAGAGGCAACGUGAUUCAGCUGUUGCUUGUUGUCUGUGAUUGAGAACCAUACUUUAGCAGCCUGUUUCCCCACAGAGUUUGUGGGAUCUUGUUUCGAGUCUGUUGUGUUAGACCGUGAACUGUCACGUUUUCGUUUUGUUGGUUUUGAUCGUGUCUCUGUUCGACGAUCGUGACAAGCUCAAAUCAAAUCAAAUGUUAUUUGUCACAUGCGCCGAAUACAACAAGUAUAGACAUUACCGUGAAAUGCUUACUUUUUUUAUUUUACCUUUAUUUAACUAGGCAAGUCAGUUAAGAACAAAUUCUUAUUUACAAUGACGGCAUACACAGGCCAAACCCAGGACGACGCUGGGCCAAUUGUGCGCCGCCCUAUGGGACUCCCAAUCACGGCCGGUUGUGAUACAGCCUGGAAUCGAACCAGGGGGUCUGUAGUGACGCCUCAAGCACUGAGAUGCAGUGCCUUAGACCGCUGCGCCACUCGGGAGUCCUUUCCCAAUAAUGCAGUUAAAAAUUAAGAAAAUUAACAAAUAGAUACAAAUAAAAUAGUAACAAAAUAAAAUAACACUAAAAUAAUAAUAUUACAGGCUAUUUACAAGGAUCACCGAUACCGAGUCAGUGUACUGGGGUACAGGGUAGUUGGGUGAUUGAUUGAGGCAAUAUGUACAUGUAGGUUUGGUUAGGUGAUUGAUUGAAGUACUAUGUACAUGUAGGUAGGGGGUGAAAAGCAGAAAGUCCGGGUAGCCGUUUAAUUAACUGUUCAGCAGUCUUAUGGCUUUGGGGUAACAAAGGUAAUAAAGCUAACGAAAGGGUCUGAUCGUUUGACUGAUCGUCUCUUCUCUUGUCUCCCCUACAGAGAGCUGACUUGGCUGUGGCCCCUCUUACCAUCACCUACCUGCGUGAGAAGGUCGUGGACUUCUCCAAGCCCUUCAUGAGCAUGGGCAUCAGCAUCCUGUACCGCAAGCCCAACACCACCAACAACGGAUUCUUCUCCUUCCUCAACCCCAUGACCCCUGACAUCUGGGUCUACAUCCUGCUGGCCUACCUAGGCGUCAGCUGUGUCCUCUUCGUCAUCGCCAGGUGAGUCCCAGACUUUUCUUGGCUACCUCCCUGGCUACUUCCUGUUCUACCUGUCUGUGUGUGUUUGUGUUUAUUGAACUUAUUGAGAGUGAUAUCUUUUGUUUAUUCUACUUGUAGUGCUAAGUUACAGUUGCAAGCACUAAAAAGUUAAUUAAAAAAAGAACUUGUACUGCAAUACAGUUUUUUGUGACAAAACACUGUCUCUCACGAGGAGAGCACCAUGUUGAACAUGCCAAAACCACAGCACAACCUAACGUUUUAAUGCCCGCAACAGUGUAUGGUUGCAGCUAUGUGGAAAUGUUUUAUCUGGAAAGAUAUAGUGCACAAAAUGUGGCUGGCCAAUCCGAAUCUCUGCAGAACUGAGUGAGUCAAUGAUGGUCUCAAGUGAUUCCAUCAGUUGGGGAUAAGGAGAGGUCUCUGCUCUGCGGUAGGGCCAUGUUCAAUUGGUACAAGUCCAACAUUUAGUGUGAGCUGGUGGGUAGUGAUCAAGGCAGUUAUGUCAGCGUGGGUGCUCUGUGGAGCCCAGCAGUGGAAGAAAAGGAUGAGAGUAGCAAACCACCAGUGAAGUUAUACACUCCAAUUCAAAGCAUUUCCUGUAUAAUUUCUCUGCAGUUGUGGCGCUUCUUUGAACAACCUUCAUCUUUCAAAUGUAUACAAAUAAAUACCUGCCGAUACCUGGAGAAAUAAAUUAGAUUAAUAAAAAAUAAAAAUGGCAUCUUUUCCACAUUCUCCACAAAUCAUUGAAAAUCAUUGAAAGUGGAAUGUAUUAGUAAUGCCUGAAAUUAGUAUGGAUUGAGAUCAUUGAAGAAGUAUCUAUGAUUUGUUUUCUGUUUCCCUAUGUGUUCCAAAUGGGUUCCUGAGAACUUUCUAUGGAAUUAUUUACACAAGAGAGAAAGAAAAUAACCCAUGUGCCACUUGCAGGCAUCCUCCUCACCUUGGGUGGUCAUUGUCAAUGCUUCUCACCGCUUCCUGGUGCCUCCAAAUGCAGAGUGGUGCUUGAGGAAGUUCUGAGAAUGUGGAGCUUUUGAAGGGGCUUGGGGUUCUGAGAGGAGCCAGCUGCACUCCCAUUAUGUCUUGAGACAAGCUCACGAGCUCGUUUUAGCACCCUGUUCUAUAAGUACAAGUAGAAAAUCAUCUCUGACUGUUGCAUCAUUCUUUGGAGACCUGCCUAGAAAGUGAGCAGAAGUGCUUUGAGCCAAAAUAAUGAUCAAAUAGCAGUUUGAUGUAUGGGUGUUUGAGAUGUUGAAAAAACCAGAACGCUUUGACGAAAGAGGCAAAUGUAUGUGUUCAAUAUCAGGUAGGCACAUACUGUACUGAUAGUCUAUAGUUGAAAACAAUUCAGACAACUUGAAGUCAAAAGCUUUUCUGGACAAUCACAAUCCAUGUCACUGACCAGGCACCCACGAGAAGAGAACUAUGAAAGCACUAAGCCUUAUGUUUUGCCACAGCCAUCUUGGAGUCCAUGACUGUGGGUCAACAAUAUGGGAAACCUACUCGAGUGCUUACAGAAGUGUGAAAACAGAAAAUAAAUCUCAAGCAACUAUGCUCUAAGUACGAGAAAGAGAAAACAUUGAGCAGUGCCCGGUAUAUGCAAUUGCCUUAUCAGUGCUCUUAAAACCUGGGAUCACUUUAAGGAUGUAACUAGGGGGGUAGAAAUCACCACAAGCUUCAAUGCUGCAAUAAGCUGUCCAGGACCUGGAAAAUAUAUAAUUGAAAUUCCAUAAGAUAAAAAUGGGCAGUGGAAUACAGAUUACAAAAUAAGACUUCUAUACCAUGCCAAUCUUGCUCUAGCAAGUGUGUAAUAAUGGAGGUUUUUCCCCAGUCAUCCUUAUCAUUUCAAAUAGCAACACAUUGGCCAAGUUUCAAUUUCUUUGAGUUACCGCUUCAGGUGCUUCUGCUAUGUCUGUCUAGCUGCCGAGACAUAGGGAGAGGCGAGGGUUUUGCUUUCUGAUUAUCAUUCAGACUAUUUAGAGGGUUUAUGUUUUGGAGAGAUUGCUGCAUCAUUAGAGUGUGACCAGAUUUAAUGAAAAACACACUAUGAAUGGCGAAGGUGCAUAAAGAUGUCGGAUUUCAGAUAUGAGGUCAUGGUUUUACCACUAUCCAUGGAGUUUUUAAACUACGGUGCGUGACAUGGUUCAAUGCGCCAAUAAAUCAGCACAAUCUAUAUUUUAGUUUUUUCAAAUUGUCUGCUUAAAUUGUGAUCUUGUAUACUGUACAUACUGUGCUAAUGACGAUACAAAAAAUUGUAACAGAGCAAUGUACAAUACAGCGAACUUGGUAAACAACGAAUUUGUGUUAAGUACAUGGAUGCCGCCAUCUUCAUGCACCUUCCCCAUUAAAUGGAGGCAAAUGAAGAUGCAAACCAGUCUCCUGAGCUAUGUGUUCCAUUAAAUCCCAAAAAAUUUUUCAAGAGACUUUAUUGACACUGUACAGUAUAUGUAUGGUCCUCACUUGGAAAUUUUAGUUAACACAAAAUCACUCAGAGUAAAUGUCAAAGUUACUGACGAGGUAAAAAAAGGUCUUGAUUUAGUGUCUUCUUUUUGAAAAGAGACACAUUUUGGUCACACUUUAUUUGGAUAUUCCGGAGAGUCCAUCUGUAGAGCAUCAUACUAUCAACAAACCAUCUGUUGAUAGUAACUACUUGCUAAGGUUAAUUUUGGUUAAGGUUAGUUUUAGAAUAAGGGUAAGGGUUAAGAUUAGGGUUAGGGUUAGUAGAUAGUUAGUUUGAAAUGUUAGUGAUAGUCUAUAGAGCAUCUACAGAUGGACUAUCCAAGUAAAGAGUUACCUUAUUUUCUCCACUCAUUAGGCCAACUUUCAUAAAAGCCAGUAGAGAUAGAAGCAGCAUAUUUUAAGAAGAGAUGCUUCGUAAGGAUCUAAGCAUCCUCUUCCUCUCCUCUCCUCUGACAGCAAAACACCCUGAAUAAAUUUGAAUAAUCAGAUCGUAUUUGAAAACAUUUUCAAAAUUAAUUUCAGGAAGGGAAAGCACUGACAUUUAGCAUGUUUUAUCUCUCCAUCUGCCUUUAAAAGUGACUGUUUCAUCUACAUUAAAGGAUUUAUGGUGUGCAGCACUUUGAAAAGAUGUUACACUAAAUGGCAGAGGUACGUGGAUCCACGGGCUUCGCAGGUUUUAUACUGCUACAUUUUCAGCGUUGCAUGCCUCACGUUCUAUCACAAAAUGACAUUUCAAUAUCUGUCGUCCUGAAAGUGGUAUUUUUGUGGAAAGUUUGCUACAUUUGAGCACAGCGAGAUAUCUACUGAGAUAUAUAUAUAUAAAGGUACCGCAAACGUUUUGAUUUGAACAGCGUUGACAGACAGCUAUCGUGGACACAUAAGAGCACGUCAACACAACUGACAAAUGCUAUGUCAAAUGUACCACUAACAACAAGUUACUGAAAACAAUAGGUGGACAUCUUUACAGCUUGUCUUUUGUUUGUAUAGUGAGUAAAUAUCCAUAUGAAAAUAUGACUCCUUUUGCACCCUGUAAUUUGUACCCACAGUUGCACAGUUCUUUAGGGACACUGUAGGCUAACGCUUCAUGGGUGGUUUUGUCAGGCGAAAUUCAGGUUAAGUGCUAGGCUCAAGGACACAUCAGGAGUGCUCUACCCAGCAGAGAGGCCUUCGAUGCAGAGAACUAGGAUGUAUUAUUAAGCACAGCUUCUGUUCCAUUUUAUUAGAACCAAUUUCAGAUUCAUUACUGUGGUUCAACCCAAAAGCCACAGGAUUACUGGCCAAGAGCAUGAAAUGAAUCCAAGAUAGGUAUACCCAUGCAUAAUACAUGUAAACUUAGUAGCAACAUAUCAUAUCUGUGUAAGUCCCUAUAUUACCCCCAUUCCCAUAGUACAGUAUUAACACAAUAAUAUAAUUGAUUAUUAAACUGCUUUGAGUCAAAGUUUUCCUUUGAACUCAUUUUUCUUUCUUUGUAUAUCAUUUCUGUAUGCAAACAUCGGAGGGCUACAUGAGUAUAAAUUAUUAUAUAUUGAUAUUGAUGUUGGUGAGAAAGGGAUUGAAUUCUAAUGCACAUGAUCUCUUUCCCCAUGCCUCAUCAGGGUUAACUGAGCCCCACAGUAACAAUACACUAUUAUGCCGAAAUUAUGGUACACUAGAGCCUUUGUUCCUGACAUCUUUCUCCUCCUGUCUCCCUAUAGGUUCAGUCCAUACGAAUGGUACGACGCCCAUCCCUGCAAUCCCGGAUCCGACGUGGUGGAGAACAACUUCACCCUCCUUAACAGCUUCUGGUUCGGUGUGGGCUCCCUCAUGCAGCAAGGUAUGGUAUAGCCUAGCUUAUUCCCUAUUUCACCUGUCAAAAGCAACAAUACCCCCUCCACUCCCUUCCUCUUCUGCGCAGCCAUCCUCCCUCUCUCCACCUUUUUAACUGACAAGCUACCUAAUUUCCAUUUUUGAGACUGUUUUAGAAGACACUUGUCUCUCAGGAACAACUGCAGAUGGCAAAAGAAAGCUGUUGUCACCUCCCUGCCUGCUCAUAGAAACAGGAGUGGUGAGAGAAAGUAGGUGUCAGACACCUGUCAGAAUGUGGCAGGUAAAGACAGAAAACACGGUAGCAUUUGUUUCCCCCAUAACACAGCUGUUUGUGUUUUGGGACGAAAGGGUAAGUUGGAGAACGUGUCUGACAAAUGCCAGCUGUCACUCCUCGCUGGCGUUGGCUACGGCCACAAGGUUGACGUUUACAUCGUUGUGUUGCCCGAGUGCCCAUACCAAAGACCCAUUGUCGAAAUCUAUAUCCUCCACACACCUCAGCUCUCGGGACAAAUGACAUUUUGUUAAAUGCCACUUGGGCCUUUUAUGGUGCUGGAGUAGUGUAUUGUCAUUAUUGUCCUUUAGGCAUAAUUUCCUGAUAUUAAAGUAUGUCAAUUCUCAGCAUCUUUCUUAUGCAAGAGCAGACAGUUAGCUUUAGUCUUUCCCCAACCCCCAAAGUACCUAUUUGAAUUAUUCUGCCUUCUGUGUAAGCUUACACAAAUCUGAGGAAAGUUAGGGGAAGGAUAUUACGUGGCACCAAGCUAAUGCAGUCUCCUCGUCCACCCUUAAAGACAUUCAUAAGCAAAUGGAGCCCCCUAAAUGAUUUGACUUAAUAAAGUCAACCGGGGAUAAAAAAAGAGCUAGUAAUAAAAUGUUUAACCUCAAUGUAACAAGACAAAUUAGAGAGGCUCGGCGGGGUUUGAUGGUGGUUCUCUGCCGGUAAGGAGAGCAAAUGCGUCAAUUCAUUAAGCACAAAAGCUGUGCGGCUUCUCGGCAGCUCUCCCGCGUAGCUGCGUGGUAUCCCUGAAAAUGUGCAUUGUGAGUGGAGGCUAGGAGGAUAACAGUACAAUAUGAGAGGGAGGAGAGGAAUAAACAAAACAGAAGGAAGUUGGUGAUUAAUCUUUGAACAAGAUUGAUGGUCCUUUGUCAUUGAGAUGGUGGGUCAACCACUUGAAUCUUCAACUUGAAUCGUAAACCACCUGUGUUGGUAAAGAAUGUUGUUCCUUUGAAUACUGUCCUCCUGUAAGCAGGUUAAUGUUGUUCCCUCAGAUUACAUACUAUACAACAGGAUAUUUACAGGAUAUUUACUUUGACACAGCAGAAUGGUCUAAGAGUUAACUAGGCUGAACUCCACUUGCAUUAUGAGUAUAACCUUGCUUGAAAAAUAGACGUUUCAUUGCCAAAUCAUCCCAAAGUGUCUAAAAUGGAUUUUGGAGCUCUAUACAGUUACUUUAAAAUGAUUUGGAUAUCAAACACGGAAAAUAAUUGUAUCUGGGAUAAUGACUUGCAUUGUUCUUUGGACACAAGUGCCAAAAAAAAUGCUUUUGGUGAAAGUAGCCAGGUUAACAAAACCAAAAGGAUAUCUACUUUUGUAAUUUGGGUGAACUAUCCCUUUAAGAUCAUAGUGCUAAUGUCAUCUAAAUUGCUUAAAACAAUUACGUUAACAAGUUACAAUUACUCUUUAAACAUGUUACCUUUUCCCAAUCUACUGUAACUUAGUUCCCUAUGACAGAGUGAAAAAAAAUGAAAUAACCUGCAUCAUUUGCAGUUAACUAAAAAAGUAGGUCAAACAUUGAUUCUCUGGAAGACAUACCCACUGAAAUGCAUUUUUUUAUCCAGCUCCUUAUAACAAACCUUGAUAAUAUCUAAUCGUUUGAUCAUGUAAUUUAUCAAUGCAGCAAUAACAUAGUCUUCACCCUGGAGCACCAUGUGCAGCCUGCACACAUUUCUCUCUGUUCAGAUGGACUAGUAUUGAGCAAUUGUGACUUUCUGUGGCACGUAUGUGUCCUGUACUCAGGGGUGGACUGGCCAACUGGCAUCUUGGGCAAAUGUCAGAUGACCUGUCUGUAGCAAAGCAGUAUGAGGGUCUGCACUCAGGCUUAGGUAAAUAGUGGCCAGUGCGUGAGAGAGUUCAGCAGGUACUCGCACUAAAACCAUAAAAAAGAAAAACCAAGGAGGCUGAGAAAUAUACUUAAUUGAAUUCCAUGCUGGAAAGAAUACAAAAAGUGCCAGUGCAAAGUGUUGGUCCAAAUAUGUAUCCAAAGGGGUGCAUUUUGUUAUACAAACCAGACACCUUAUGCUCUGCUACCAAACUCACUGACAGACACUGAGGAGGAAGCCAUUUCAUUGACAUGUUUAAAAUGCAAAUGGCCAUGUUUGGAAGAGGAAGAAGGGCCUAAUAAAACAAAACCCUGCAAGCUUGUCUGUAGGAGUGAGGUGUCAUACAAAACAAGAAGAGUACACAAAAUGGAGUGGUGUAAAAGCACACCUUGCAUGCUUCAAAAGAGGCGCGCCCUGGGCUGUGUGAGGCUUUUCUGAUAGGUGUUGCAAAAUGGGUGAAACAUGAAAAUAACUGAGUUGCAAAAUGUGUAAGUAACAUAAGCUGUACAAAAUACUGCAUUUAUAGUCAUGGGGCAUUGUUUUUACUGUAUCUGUGUUAUCUUAUUCCGAUAUGGAGAAGAGAGUUUCUCAACUUGGAAAACAUUUGAGUAUUUAAAAGAGAUUAAUAAGCAGUAACAGCCUCUGGCGUAGAGAGCGUGUUUUUAUGUGAUGAAGCUGCUAAGGAGAGAAUGUUAAGUGCAGGUAAUGAUUCUCAUGGGAAGAGCUGCCUCUCUGAUGUUAAGUUGAAGCCUUGCUUGUGGGGAAAAUAACAUGGGGAGAAAGCCAGGGCAUUGCAUUUAAUAGUACUCAGUGCUUCUAAAUCCACAAAGAAUAUACACUGUAACUCCCAGAAAGGCUCUGAUUGUCCUUUUUCAAACUGACGAUGGAGCAAGCCGUUUCCGUUUCUAUGAGACACUUAUGUUGUUAUGCAUUAUGAAUCUAUCUUAAGCAUGUGUGCUUUUAUCAAGGCUGUUAUAAGGAGCCACAAGUAGUUAUGAAUGCUUUUUGCAAGUCGUAUAUUGUACUAUGGGGAUAGAGGGUACGGUAAAUACAUUAAUUUCACACGGGUGGAUCACAGCAAAUGCUACUACUGUAUGCAAUAUUACAAGCAUCAAGAAUUAGCACUGAAUUAUCACAGUGAAUUAUUGUAAUGUUUGUUUGUGGCAAUUAAUACCAUAAGGGAUGAGUUGCCAACUAGUGAUUUGACACGAAAAUAAAAUGUCCUUCAUUCAUUCAUUCAUUCAGCAUCCCUGAGCCUAAUACCUUUCUCAAUAAAAUUGGCAUUUUGCCGUAGUGUGUAUUUAGAGUCACAUCCCCCAUCCUGUAACAUACUUUACAUUGGAAUGUUUUGUCAUAGUGUUUUGCAUGGCCUUUCACUGUACUUGUGCACAUGACAUUACAUCUUGAAACUUGCAGUAUCUAAGAUGUCAGCACCUAGCCAUUCUAGCUGCAGCAGCACUGCAGUCACUGAGAUUGAUGUGUCGCUUUGUUGACUGGAAUUGCAUCAUUAUCUUCUGCUCUGAAAGGACAUUUAUACUUCUUUGGCUUAGAAGACAUGAAGUCCUUCUUCAAGGAGAUGUAUAGUGUAUUGACAAGGUUUUAUAUCCUCGGCAGCAUAUGACCAAUCCAUUUUUUGUAUUUAUUAGAGUGUUCUCGGUGCAGUGCGCUCCAGCUGACAACAGCAUUUUAUGGCCUGGAAUCCAAUUGUGUUACCAGUUGUUCCAGUUCUUUACCAGUAUGACUGCUGAGCUGGGUGUCCUCCUAUACUUAAGUGAUAGUUCUUACCGUGGAGUGUUACAGUACUGGCCUUGUUUGCCACCGUGUAAGGCUGUCAAAUCACAAAGGACAAAUCCAAUCAAAUUGGGUAAGGAAGGUUAAAAAGCUGACCACUUUACCUCCUCUCAGUGGGGUGGUUACUCUUCAAAAUUGCCCUCAUAAAUCUUAUCAGUAAAGUAGUGGAGGGCACUGAACGCAACCUCUGGUGGAGAGGUUGUUUUAGAUGUCGACAGGGACAGAAAAUAAAGUAACUUUAACCGUGAGUCAAAAAGCUAUUGUAAACAAGAUAUAUGGGAAUGUAUCUGACAGAGGACCUCACAAAGUCAUAAUAAAUGCUGUUGGAGGCAGGCUGGCCAACCUAAGUAAUUGAACAUUUAUGUCCUGAGACUGAUAAGCCAUUUUCACCCUGUCAAAUGUAAGUUGUCACAAAUUAAUGUAUGUUAUGGAUGCAUUCUUUGUGAGACACUGCUCAACACAAUUCAAAAUCAUGCAAAGAAGAAUAUAAAACACAAAAUAGACAUGUUGUAAUCUCAAAAUGCAUGCAACAGACAAAAUAAAAGAAAGCAUAUAGUGCAUGUAUACUAUGCAAGCCAUUUUACGGGCGCAGGGAACAUAUGGCUGUGGCAAAGGAGGUGGAACAUUUCAAAGGCAGAGAAAGAGCAGAAUCACAUUUAGAUUGGACGCAGGCCUAGUGUCAGGGUUAUUUAUGAAACCCCACAGCGAAAAAGCAAACGCGUGUCACUUUAUUAAUUCAAAAACACCAGAAUAGAUUUAACCGCCUCCCCCCCUCAUAUCUUGCUCGGCUCCCAAUAAGAAUAUUCCAGAUUCCACCAUCAGUUUGUGUUUUCUGUCUGUUAAGCUUGGUGGAAUCAGAGGCCGUGUUCCAGGCUGACUACAUUGCAGAUGCAUGACAGAUCUCCAGCCCAGACCACCCACUACUGCUUUGAUCUCCUCCCGUCAGGUUGGAGAUACCGGACAAUUAAGUGUUCGCACUGUGCCCUUCUGGAGGAGUUUCAUCCUGGCGGCUAUCACUAUAAUGAACAAUUCUAUGUAGCUUCCCUCUAUGUUUGUUUCUUGCCGUGUUUCCGAAGUGUUUUAUGCAUUCAUGUGUGAGCUGUGCUAAGAUUUUCCUCUUGUAAGACAAUAAACCUGAUUCUGACCCGAUUCUGAUAUCUCAUAAUGCAUGUAUAGGUGUUUAUCAUUUCAACUAACCUCAUCAUAUGAUAUAUAUCAGAUACCUGACUCUGCAGUCAAUGACUUGCACACAACCAUUGGAUGGUGCAACACAACUGGAAUAUUGUCAGCUUGGAACAUGACCAUUAUUUUAAAAGGAACACUCAACCCAGACUGGAGGUUUGUGUGGAUCCAGGAAUCCUACUGUAUCUAGCAAUUAGUUUGGGAUCGCCCCCGAAAGGUUGUGCUGAUCCGCUUCCUUCAUAGUCAGCCAAUUGUAGUCAAAUUAAAAUGUAAUUCAUUUUCCAAACUUAGGAAGGCUGCCAGGUACUUAGAUAUGCCCCUGUAGUUGUUUUCCCUCUGAGAAUUUGAGUAAGACCAAGAGUGUAUGUGUGUUCCAUUGAUCACCUUUAUGUGAAAAAGCAACCAUAUAACCAUUGUGUUUGUUAUAUUCUGUAACAGUGUUACAUAAUGAAGAUACAUAUGUGAUGUCAUACAUCUCCAUUAUAAAGGCUAUACCAAACUUUUGCCUCUGGGGGUACACUUAAGUCAAAAUGGGUCCCCUAAAUGGACAGAAAUAUUGCCCAGAAAUUACCUAAUAUAUAAUAGAAUAUGUAUAUGAACCAUACAGCCAACAUUCAAGCCUAAAUGUGAGGUAAACAAUUAGCAACUGUAAGAUGCCUGUUGUUCUCACACACCCUGUCUGCUAUUCAGGCUCUGAGCUGAUGCCCAAAGCCCUGUCCACCAGGAUCAUCGGAGGCAUCUGGUGGUUCUUCACCCUCAUCAUCAUCUCCUCCUACACGGCCAACCUGGCCGCCUUCCUCACCGUGGAGCGCAUGGUGUCGCCCGUGGACUCUGCCGACGACAUCGCCAAGCAGACCAAGAUUGAGUACGGUGUGGUCAAAGACGGUGCCACCAUGUCUUUCUUCAAGGUAUGUAUAUUAAAAGUUUGGACAUAGUCUGUCUUUGCUUUGGUUUUGAGUUGUGCUUUCUUUCAUGUUGAUUUCAUUACUCAUAUGAAAUGAACACUCUGCAAAGAACAUUAUCUGAAAAUAACAUAAUUAAAUCUCUUAAUUUCAUUUCUACAGUCAUUUUAAGCAGUUUGAAUGCAGCCCCAUUGAUUGAAGCACGCUGAUUACACACAGUUAUAUUGUCAUAAAACGUGUUUAUGAAGAACUGAGACAAGAUGCUGAAUCAGUACUUUUUGGCCGACUUUUUAAGAAAUGUUUUUUUUUCUCUAUACAGUUGAGGAAAAAAAUCAGUGCUAUUCCACAAAAGACAGAUUUCCAGUUAGAUCUUAAUUCCCACUGCAAAAGCAAAUUCUCCAGCUUCUCCACUUCUCCACGCUGUUUGAUGUGAUCCUCCAUAAUGAUUGUUUUAUUCCAAAGUUUCAGCUUUUGCCCUGCAGGGCUCUAAACUUUAUUUUAUUAUUUGAGUUUCGCCUCAGAUGCUGUUACUGUCGUACUGAAUAACAUAUAAGGGUUUGCUGUUUUUCGGUGUAAGAAAUUGAAAACAUUGGACACAUUUCUAUGGAAAAUGUUUUAUGGACAAGGGAAAAGUCCAUAUGUUUAUGACACACAAUAGCAAGGAAAACAGAUCCUUUUAUCCAGGGUGAUUGCCCCAGUUUUACACUUUCAAAUAUUCUCUGUUGAGUAGUAUACAUAAAUACUGUAUGUAAUAAUUGUGCCUCUGCUAAAGAGUGUAUCUUUGUAGUUUCCCCUGCACUGACAAUAUAACUGAGGAUGACUUUUUAGACUUCUCUCUGGCCCAUUUGCUAUUUCCUUCACCCCUAUGUCCUUUAUAUUGGUUUAUUCACAUUAUAUUAUAUUAAUAUUAUAUUUAUUGGCACUUUGGGUAUUUGAAAACUGUGCUACAAUUAUUAUUAUUAUUAUUAUUAUUAUUAUUUAAUUUUUUCAUAAUGUAUCUCUUUCUACUCUCUGUUAGCAUUAUGUCUUAGCUGCUCUAUGACCCGGUCAGAAUAUCCACCAAUAGAAUUUUCACCCACAUAAAGAUUCCCAGUGACCACCAAAAAAAUCACUGGGGGAGAAAGAGCACAUUAGUAACCAUUCUAUUCCAUAAGGUUUGAUUAACAUUGAGUUCAAUGAGGGAUUAGGCAUGGUCCAUGGAGUAACUAGAAUGUGUGAUUAUACCAAAUUAGAGUCAUCAGUUGCCUAACCAUUGGAACUACUGGCUAUGGUAUAAACCGGGGGUGGCCAACCCUCCUCUUGGAGAGCUACUGAGUGUGUGGGCUUUUGCUCCAGCCCCUACUGAAACCCACCUGAUCCUACUAAUAAUCUGCUCAUCACGGCCUUUAGUUCCUAAUGGCUCUGCCUGUCUACCCUGAGCUAUACCCAUCUAUUUGAACCUUCUCUAAAUUAUAGAUUAUUGACAAUUAGUCAAAAACUUGCUGUAAGUUCUCAGCAGAGUAAAAAGUGGAUUUUUCUCCUGAAGCGUGUUUACUUUGAUUAGUGACAGAUAUGAUUGCAGUGUUAUUAGUCAGAGGAGACACAGGUGUCUAUAAUUACCUCAUCAGUUGCAGAGCUCAAGUGCCCUCGGUUCCUUAUCACUGGGAGGGCUAACGAGCUCGACUGAAGCAGAUGAGGGAGCUGAUAAAUACUGAAGAGGUCGGGGAGUAGCUGUAGAUUUGUCAAAACACACUGCAUGGAAGGGCACUGUAGGGCAAAGUAAAGCUUUGCACUGUAAUCUCUGGCACACUCAUGGUAACACUAUGCUAUCUUGACAAUCAGAUGUACUGUAUGUGUUUUAUAUUUCAUAUACCAACAUAUCACCUGCACAUCUAAAUAAUGUUUUUCACAUUUCAAUCGUCGAUGCAGGAAUUAAGUAACUAAAGAGCUUUGAUAUCGUUCAUAGUUUCAAAUGCCUAUGGUAAUGAGACAGUCAUUAUCUCAAAUUAGGUAUGGAAUAACAUUUGACCCCUUGUCAAAUAGCAUGAAAUAUCACACAGACAAACGCAAGGCUAAUGGAGAGGAACUCAAUUAAUCCAGCCUUUUUGCCUAUUUCCCCCUGGAUGAAAAUAGAUGUACCGUACCUCCUCAUGUCUUACUAAAUUAUUAUAUCCAGUGGCCCAAGUCUCUUUUUAUAAAAAAAUAAAAUAAACAAUAGAUGUUUGAAAGUAUACAAGUGUCAAAGUAGAUACAGUACUUGAAAGCUGUGAAUGUUAAAGUGGCAUUGCACAGGUUAUUCGUUCACUUGGAGCUCAAGGCUCCAAUGCAUUCCUUUAUUCUUACAAUUAUAUACUUCUCGAAAUGGAGAAGUGUGGGAAAAGGAUAACAGCAUGAUAGGUGCUCAAGGUUGCCAGAGUAUUUUCAACACUAAUACUAUGUGCUACAAAGAUGAGAGGGCUAUAAUGUGCAAUGGCAUCAACACACUGUAGAAAACAUGUUAAUUUCAGAAAGGUACUGUGUAGACUCAAUGCCCCUUUGACCAGGUGUAAUGCACAAUCUGAGAUUCAACAUUGAUUGUAAUUUCAAUUCUUCCCCUUACAGAAAUCAAAGGUUUCUACUUUUGAGAAGAUGUGGGCCUUUAUGAGUAGUAAACAGAGUACGUCGCUGGUCAAGUCCAUUGAGGACGGCAUCCAGAGGGUUCUGAAGUCUGACUAUGCCUUGCUCAUGGAGUCCACCACAAUCGAUUACAUUACCCGGCAGAACUGCAACCUCACCCAGGUUGGAGGCAUCAUUGACAGCAAAGGCUAUGGAAUAGGCACUCCCAUGGGUAAGAUGUAACAAAAUAUCUGUACCAUAAUAGAUAUAGUAGGUUGUUGAUGGUAUAAACACUCUCCAGCUCUCCAUAACUCCUGCAGCAAGCACCAUCCCCUCCAUUGAUACAUUGGUAGGAGGUGGUCCUUCGAGCUGGACAGGAACAAAUAACACAUUAAUCCUAUAUCUGUGCUUUCGAUGCAGAGCAUUUCAUUGAACUACUAUUGUACUACUAUUGUAUUUUACUCUUGUUAUUUAGUACAUUUUUGGACUAUGUGUAUUGUUAUUGUAUUGCGAGAUAUUGCUGCACUGUUUUAGCUAGAAACAGAAACAUUUCGCUGCACCUGCGAUAACAUCUGCAAAACUGUGUACGCGACCAAUAAACUUCGAUUUGAUUUCUAUCAAUAUGCAAUGACAACAUAUGCAUUUGAGCCAUGUUUUAUGAAAAUUCCCCUGUGGCCUCAUCAGCAAGGUCCAGCUAAUGGUUUAUCUUAUCUUUCAACCAGACUAAAGCAGACCUUCUGUUGCUUGCCUUACAGGCUCUCCAUACCGGGACAAAGUGACCAUCGCCAUUCUGAACAUCCUGGAGGAUGGCCGUCUGCACAUGCUCAAGGAGAAGUGGUGGAGCAGCAGCAGCUGUCUGGACGAAGAGCACCGUGAAAGCGCCGGCCCCAUGGGCAUUCAGAACCUGGGAGGGAUCUUUAUAGUGCUGGCGUCUGGCCUGGUUCUCUCCGUCUUUGUGGCUAUAGCUGAAUUCAUAUACAAGCUAAGGAAGACAGCGAAACGUGAGCAGGUAGAUAUUAUCCCCAUAAAUCUGAUUCAAGAUUGUUGAUCAGUAAUUUAUUUACUUGAUGUGAUUAUUUUAUUAAUGACAUUGUUUGCAUGACGUACAGUAUAUAUUGGUUAAUUUUAGAUCCUUCCCUUCCAUUGUUCAACUUGCCUAACUGUGUGUAUUUCUGACAAUGUGAACACAACCUUUAAAUCCAAGCUGUACUCUGUCCAUUUUAGUUCCAUUUAUUAAAGGGAUUUGCAUGCCCUCAAAUAAUCCCUGUGCUAUUUGGCCAUAAAAUAUAACUCUAUUGGGUUCAGGUCUGGAGACUGGCUAGGCCACUCCAGGACCUUGAGAUGCUUCUUACGGAGCCACUCCUUAGUUGCCCUGGCUGUGUGUUUCGGGUCGUUGUCAUGCUGGAAGACCCAGCCACGACCCAUCUUCAAUGCUCUUACUGAGGGAAGGAGGUUGUUGGCCAAGAUCUCGCGAUACAUGGCCCCAUCCAUCCUCCCCUCAAUAUGGUGCAGUCGUCCUGUCCCCUUUGCAGAAAGGCAUCCCCAAAGAAUGAUGUUUCCACCUCCAUGCUUCACGGUUGGGAUGGUGUUCUUGGGGUUGUACUCAUCCUUCUUCUUCUUCCAAACACGGCGAGUGGAGUUUAGACCAAAAAGCUCUAUUUUUGUCUCAUCAGACCACAUGACCUUCUCCCAUUCCUCCUCUGGAUCAUCCAGAUGGUCAUUGGCAAACUUCAGACGAGCCUGGACAUGCGCUGGCUUGAGCAGGGGGACCUUGCGUGCGCUGCAGGAUUUUAAUCCAUGACGGCGUAGUGUGUUACUAAUGGUUUUCUUUGAGAUUGUGGUCCCAGCUCUCUUCAGGUCAUUGACCAGGUCCUGCCAUGUAGUUCUGGGCUGAUCCCUCACCUUCCUCAUGAUCAUUGAUGCCUCACGAGGUGAGAUCUUGCGUGGAGCCCCAGACUGAGGGUGAUUGACCGUCAUCUUGAACUUCUUCCAUUUUCUAAUAAUUGUGCCAACAGUUGUUGCCUUCUCACCAAGCUGCUUGCCUAUUGUCCUGUAGCCCAUCCCAGCCUUGUGCAGGUCUACAAUUUUAUCCCUGAUGUCCUUACACAGCUCUCUGGUCUUGGCCAUUGUGGAGAGGUUGGAGUCUGUUUGAUUGAGUGUGUGGACAGGUGUCUUUUAUACAGGUAACGAGUUCAAACAGGUGCAGUUAAUACAGGUAAUGAGUGGAGAACAGGAGGGCUUCUUAAAUAAAAACUAACAGGUCUGUGAGAGCUGGAAUUCUUACUGGUUGGUAGGUGAUCAAAUACUUAUGUCAUGCAAUAAAAUGCUAAUUAAUUACUUAAAAAUCAUACAAUGGGAUUUUCUGGAUUUUUGUUUUAGAUUCCGUCUCUCACAGUUGAAGUGUACCUAUGAUAAAAAUUACAGACCUCUACAUGCUUUGUAAGUAGGAAAACCUGCAAAAUCGGCAGUGUAUCAAAUACUUGUUCUCACUGUAUAUAUCUCUCGAGAUGGAGAAGUGUGGGAAAAGGAUAACAGCAUGAUAGGUGCUCAAGGUUGCCAGAGUAUUUUCAACACCAAUACUAUGUGCUACAAAGAUGAGAGGGCUAUAAUGUGCAAUGGCAUCAACACAUGUUAAAACAUGUUAAUUUCAUAAAGGUACUGUGUAGACUCAAUGCCCCUUUGACCAGGUGUAAUGCACAAUCUGAGAUUCAACAUUGAUUGUACUUUCAAUUCUUCCCCUUACAGAAAUCAAAGGUUUCUACUUUUGAGAAGAUGUGGGCCUUUAUGAGUAGUAAACAGAGUACGUCGUUGGUCAAGUCCAUUGAGGACGGCAUCCAGAGGGUUCUGAAGUCUGACUAUGCCUUGCUCAUGGAGUCCACCACAAUCGAUUACAUUACCCGGCAGAACUGCAACCUCACCCAGGUUGGAGGCAUCAUUGACAGCAAAGGCUAUGGAAUAGGCACUCCCAUGGGUAAGAUGUAACAAAAUAUCUGUACCAUAAUAGAUAUAGUAGGUUGUUGAUGGUAUAAACACUCUCCAGCUCUCCAUAACUCCUGCAGCAAGCACCAUCACCUCCAUUGAUACAUUGGUAGGAGGUGGUCCUUCGAGCUGGACAGGAACAAAUAACACAUUAAUCCUAUAUCUGUGCUUUCGAUGCAGAGCAUUUCAUUGAACUACUAUUGUACUACUAUUGUAUUUUACUCUUGUUAUUUAGUACAUUUUUGGACUAUGUGUAUUGUUAUUGUAUUGCGAGAUAUUGCUGCACUGUUGGAGCUAGAAACAGAAACAUUUCGCUGCACCUGCGAUAACAUCUGCAAAACUGUGUACGCGACCAAUAAACUUCGAUUUGAUUUUUAUCAAUAUGCAAUGACAACAUAUGCAUUUGAGCCAUGUUUCAUGAAAAUUCCCCUGUGGCCUCAUCAGCAAGGUCCAGCUAAUGGUUUAUCUUAUAUUUCAACCAGACUAAAGCAGACCUUCUGUUGCUUGCCUUACAGGCUCUCCAUACCGGGACAAAGUGACCAUCGCCAUCCUGAGCAUCCUGGAGGAUGGCCGUCUGCACAUGCUCAAGGAGAAGUGGUGGAGCGGCAGCAGCUGUCUGGACGAAGAGCGCCGUGAAAGCGCCGGCCCCAUGGGCAUUCAGAACCUGGGAGGGAUCUUUAUAGUGCUGGCGUCUGGCCUGGUUCUCUCCGUCUUUGUGGCUAUAGCUGAAUUCAUAUACAAGCUAAGGAAGACGGCAAAACGUGAGCAGGUAGAUAUUAUCCCCAUGAAUCUGAUUCAAGAUUCUUGAUCAGUAAUUUAUUUACUUGAUGUGAUUAUUUUAUUAAUGACAUUGUUUGCAUGACGUACAGUAUAUAUUGGUUAAUUUUAGAUCCUUCCCUUCCAUUGUUCAACUUGCCUAACUGUGUGUAUUUCUGACAAUGUGAACACAACCUUUAAAUCCAAGCUGUACUCUGUCCAUUUUAGUUCCAUUUAUUAAAGGGAUUUGCAUGCCCUCAAAUAAUCCCUGUGCUAUUUGGCCAUAAAAUAUAACAUUUAUUUAAUUUUAACAGGCAUAAUUGCAAAUUGGAGCAUGCCGAAUUAAUCUGUUAUUAGUCAUUGCAGAUGUCAGAAUAGCAUGAAACUCAACAGUUGUAAAUCACAGAUUUGAGUUAUGCAACUAAGUGGGUUGCGUCAAGCAUGCUUGUAUAGGUAAUGGGGUAAGAAUACGGCUCUGUGUCAAUCUAUCUGACAGAGCAGGAACAGUGCACAUUGCGUGGGUUGCAUGUGGUGGGGGUUGCAGUAUGACAUGGCUGUCAGCGAUGGGAGAGGAACAACAUACAUAAAUGUAUUGUGGGUAAUGUGUUUUGCACUCUUGAUCUUGUUGACACUCUAUGCUGUCAGAACCAUUUAAAGCUAAGGCAUUUACCCCCCCAUCCCUUUCCCCCCCUUCUCUCCCCUUCUCCUCGCCCUUUUUGCCCAGAGGUCUUUCUGCAGUGCCAUGGUGGACGAGAUCAGACAGUCGUUCACCUGCGGGAGGCGUGUGAAACACAAGCGCCACCACCAGGCCCCGGUCAUGGUCAAGACGGAUGCAGUGAUCAACAUGCACACGUUCAACGACCGACGACUCCCGGGAAAGGACAACAUGAGCUGCAACACUGGGAUGACCCCCGUGUUCCCGUGACGGUUUGCGCCUCCCAGAGAAAGAGCCUCCUGAGCAAUGUGGAGGGCGUGAUUGGUCCCGAAACCUGGGACAAUGGAAUCGAGGGGAUCACCAGAUUCACCAUCAACCACAGCGACAUAGGGACACUAACGAAACAUGGAACACUAACUAAACAUGGUACUUUCAAAAUGGCAGCAUCGGCGACACAGGUAUGACAACGUUCACCCAUGUAUUCCAAAAGAGACAGAAAAAGAGAGAGAGGUGGAGGAGGAGAACCAUUCCUGGAAAAGGAAACAACAUCUCCAAA